AUGGCAUCAGCCAAGCUGUAUGAUACUGUAAGUCUAGUUAUAUUUUAUCAAUGUGUUUUUGGCAGAUGGAAACUCGUUUUCGUAGCCCUGGUGUGCCCCGAAAGCCUGUUUACGUCGAAGAAACUGCAACAGCUCUUGCAAAGAAGUCUAAAAGAUCAAAAUCAAGCGUACGAUUUUUUUAUAUCGUCUUACGAUUUUCACGUUUAGGAGACCACCCUUCGGAGUCAAGAUUCUGUCAUGAGACUUGAAAAGAGGGUAUGUAACGUGAAUUUGUUUCAUAGCUGCAACAGGAUAAGGAGAAAAUGAAUGACCCAAUAGCGGAUUUAAAUAAGCGCUGGUCCAUUAUAGCUAAAACUCAAGAAUCGGUUCGCUCAGAUAACGGCUAACGAACUACUUUUUAGAUGACUAAACAGGAAAUUCUGAACAAUUAUCGUCUACUGAUGAACGACCAUCUAAGACUUGAACGUUUUCUGUCGAUAGUUACGAAGGACAACGAAAUGGUAUGUUAUGGACUUAUGGACAGCCCUUCGAAUGUUUAAUUGAUUAUCGUCUGCAGCUUUCUAAAUUUAUGCCCAUAUUUAUAGGAAGUCAUGAAUUCAGAGCUGUAACGAAUAUGUUUUUACCUUUUAAGGUUGUUUAAUGCAUGUUUAAUUUUUUAAAUCUUAUAUCAUUGAUAGCUCCAUAGGUUCCGUGACAAAUGGCAAAACAGACCCUGAAUACGGUUAGUGGGCUUAAGAUACGAGGCAAAGACCUUAAAAUCGUGAAAUGAGUUAUACGGUUGUCAGAUAUUAGAUGAUAGUAGCCGUCGAGCGAAAAUUCGUGACGGCUCACAGCCCUUUGGUCAUUUUUAACGGUAACGGGCGACCACGAUUCGACUGAGUCAUCUGGGAAGCUAGCCGUUUUAAGGUUUGUGUUAGAUAAGCGACUGAUAAAAGAAGUCGCAGGAGGAUAGGUGCAAGAAGUACAACCUCGCGGCCGUGCCCGGUUACUAAAACAGUUAACGAAGGCUACCAAAUCCAUAAGUAAAUGCCAUACCUCAUAGACAGAUUUGCUGUGUUUGGCGUACAAAACGUCGAAGAAUACAAAAAAUAAAAAAAAACAUCUUAACAGACUCCAGUGACCUAAGUCAUCCUCAGUACCCGUUAGCGCUAUCAGCUGAGUAUCCCCGGAAAAUUCUUAGAUUGAUAGACCUUUGUCAAGGGUUUGUGAGAGCACGCUCACAGAACAUCGAUUGUCGAAAUGUUUGUUCAGUGAGAGAGCAUGAGAAAAAAUCGUGGUUAUGCGGAUUUAGAUAACGCUCUGGAGAGGUUGUUUUGCAUAAGUGUUAGUCAUUGUCGCGUAGCUUCUAGUAGUUGAGUGCUUUAAUAGACAUCAAACGCAUCAGAAGGGUCAAUGGACAAGACGGUGGACGAGCAAACCCCAAAUCUAUCUUAAGUUCAUUUUCGUUCCUGUUAUUUGGAAUCUUUCCCAGAGGUAAUCUUCGUGGAUGGACGCUCGUUGGUUUUUUUUAUGAUACCAGGGUGGUUUGCGACCCUGUGUGAGCCCAAAUGGUGUAUGAGCAAGCUUUGAUGAAGCAUAGUCUUUUAAGAUAUCAGCAAAUGAAGAAUGUAGUGUAGUAAAGUGGAUAAAAGCAAGAAAUUGCAAAGUUUAAUUUCAACUGUACAAAGUCAGCUAGUGGCAUUGGUAGGUCUGUGAUGUCCACAGACCGACGAAAGCUUUAAAAAUAAUCAGCCCCAAAAGGGGUGAUUGAAGAGCGUCAGCUUUACCGAACACCUACUUUAAAUCAACAAAGCGCUUUCACGUUUCACGUCGUCAAGUCAUAUUUAUUAUUAUUUCGCGUUUUGAACCAUAAGACCUCGGGAAAAUUCCCAGAAUGUCAGAUCGCUUCCGCUCAAGGUUUUUGCUAAGGUAAACCCACCUCUGAAAAGAUUGGACGAGAGAUGAAAACCCUCAGGGAUUUGGAUUUAUCUAGGAAUGUGAAGUAGAAUGGCGUAAUUUAUGAACUAUCAGGACACUAUGAGAGCGAAAUCAAAGCAGAUGCUGCCGCAGAACAAAGGUUCGUUUAAUUGUGUUUUGUUGGAUUAACCAAACACGAGUACAUAUAAUUUUGAGUGGUAAAAAAACCUAAAACAAAGACAGAAAACCUACCGGAACCGACAUUGCUUUCUAGGUUCAUAAACGACACCCAACCACCAUUAUUUCAAGUACUGGGCCUCCGAGGUAUGAUAGAGUAAUCAUAGUCUAUGGGGAAGCGUUAAAAUUUGUCUACCAUAUGCGUAAUCCGUCCCAUUUUUUUCAUAUAUAUAUCUGCCAUCGUCUUCGUUGGAGGCGCGGGUUAGUGCAGGGCUAACCUCAAACAAACUGAAUAGGGGGUGAAAGAGACCGGUUACAUGUAGGGUCUGUUACUAGGAGAAAUGACCUAACUUUAAGACAGGCGCUUCACAGCUGUGGCCUCUACAGAAUAUCUAAAAUUUCCAGGAAAAAAUUAGUUGAAAGGAACUUUGCUUACUAACAAGAACCAUUAAUGCAAAAAUUGUCUCAAACAACGAGUCAUUUUUACGACGCUGUUCAGGACCUAAUUUUAGACAACAUUAUUCCCAUUACAUAGCUUGGGACAGUGCAUUAUCAAAGAAGCCAAUAACCAAACUUUUUAAUUUUCAGGCACGCAAUCGGCUGGAAUCCGAUCUGCUAGAUGCUAUGAUGUGUAUCGAGGAUCUUAAGCAGGCCCUGGAGAUUCGCAUGGCAAGAGUACGUGGUAAACUCGUUUUCAUCACCCACAUUUAACAACAACUACAUCCACCUAACAUAUUUGUGAAAAACUCCGCGGCAUUGUGGGAUUCGGAUUCAGGACAGCAAGGGAAAUGGGUCACAUUUACCAAAACACCAGGUGCUCAAAGUCUGGCAUUGUGCAUGGCUGAUGGCAGCUAGUAAAUCAGAAGUGAUCAUCUCAGACUCCCUUAUAUUCGUCCUUGCCUCUAUCCUGCAUCUGCUACCAUUCACUAUGCGGCUGCCCAUAGGAACUCUAUAUUUAGCCCUCAGGCCCAGCAGGGCGAUCGUGUCCCGUAACUCGAUUGGUAAACACCCUUCCCCAGAUAGUUGAUAUUCCUGUCCGCAAUCAGCAGGUCAACGAGUUCAUGGCCCAAUGGCACAGUUUUGUAUUUAAUGACAAAAUUUUUAGUUUGAAUCCCAGGUGCUUUGAACCUGGGGCUUUGUACGGCUGGCAGGUGGUGGAUAAUAAGCCAGUAAGGGUCAUUCCAGUCGUUUCCUUGUCAAUGCCUCCUCCCUAUACAGUAGGGAUCUAUAAACCCCCAAUGUCUCUGACACUUCUUCAGGCGUCCGAACUCUAUCGCUGUCGGCUACCGUUUCCACCUCUUGAUGCUCAAAUUUUUCUGGCUGUCCUAACUGUUCCUUAUCUUCUGAAGUAGGUGAGCUAACUCAUGAAAAGCCAACCGGAAUUCGAAAUACGUUUUCGUUUCGAAAAGAUUAAUUAAGCAGGGUUGGAAGGCUAAUAAUCAUGCAUUAUAAUUCUAUGAUAAUUUGGCUACCUCAGGAUGCCGGCUUUUGGACGAAGUUCUUUCCGGCCUUAUGCAAAAAUUAUAGUCUGCAGAAAAUGACUACGUAUGUGGCACCCAUUUUUCUCAUUGAUUUAACGGGCCAUUAAAAAUUCAAUUGCAUUUCGGGGAAAACAUCCAUAAAAAUAUUAAUUCUCUUGCUCUUUCAGUGCAAAACCACGUCUUAUUCUAAUUUUACAACUCUGUUUAAUUAGUCUUUUUGAAACGAAAACGCAUUUCGGAAUUUCGGUUGACACUUCAUGAGUUAGUCCACCUGCUGUAUAUAUUUAUUCAACCGAUCUAAUGGCUUACUGAAAUAAACAAGCUCCAUGUGGGUAGCAAAGAUCACGAACAGGUGGCCAACUACCAGGCCGAAGUCGGCCUAGGUAUAGUAGCAGAGGGGAGAGAAGACGGAGAAGGCGCGUAGAUUAAUACAAUACUGUUUUGGGCUUACUCUGUUUUCACACAACCAGUUGUAAUCCUGACCAUUAGCUGGGAUCAGAAACUCAAACAUGCGCUCGUACCUGUUGGAGAUGGUCCACAGACGGGGUGGUCUAACAAUGGACUGGUAAAAUAUAUGUAUACGUAUGUAUGCAAAUCAAUAUAUAUGUUCUUUACCAAUUAGCUAUACAAGGUAAUCAACCAAUAAAAGCUUUUAAUCAUGCCAUUUGUAUGCUCAUGUUUUUUACUAUUUUAUUUUUUUUUCAGCGCCGGAAAGUUGUAAGUUUUUAUAUUUAGUGUUCCCUUUCAAAAUUUUCCCGUGUGUUAUGCAGUCUUCGUUCACAUUCCCGACGUGUUGUCUUUUGUUUAUGCCAGCGAGUCCUAGCUGCUUGGUAGGCGUUCACCAUUCGUAAACUUGUUAAUCCUUCAUGAAAACGCAUCUCCCCUAACAUUUUUCUCAUCAAUUGGACACGCAUUUCUGCAAAUUAAGAGACCAUGGCAAUUAAAAUAUGACCUGCUAGGGGUUUGCGUCCGGUGGCGAUUGCCUGCUCGGGUCAUAAAUAAAUCUCAGGAAAUUGAUGUCUUUUUGUCAUUCUGCCUCUGAUAGGGCUAUUAUUGUUGUUACGACUGAGCGUACGCACAUCACAUCAUGUGAUAGGAGCGCCGACGCAGUAUGUCGACUGUGGCACGCUAUGUUUCGUAUCGCCCACUGUGCCUUCCGCUGCCCCAAGUUUGCCUACGGCGGUGUUAGUUAACGGUUGCACAAAAUGAACGUCCAGACGUCCGCCUCCUUUCGCGACUACGCUAACAGCUGUAGCGAUAGCAUAAGCAAUAAAAGUGGGUGUGACGGCCAGUUCAUAGUGCCCUAUCCUGAAUUCUACACAAAAUCCCAUUACCACACAACCAUCCGGUCUUCUAAUCCUUGUAAGGGGGAAGACGGCUAGGGGGACAGUUACGAACAUAUGUCCACGGAGGGAUCAGUGGAGAAGAGACGAGCGGUCUAGUUAUGAAUUUUAAAGUCUGUGAGCUGGAUGGAGUGUACUUAACAGCAAAUAAAUACUCCCACCCAUCAGCUCCUCAAAAAGCGUCUGGGAUAAACUUUCAGUGAACCAUCCAUAUAUAUGCUAUCCGGAAUACGAGUGUUCUCCCGUUGUUCUGAGUGAGAAAACUAUAACCCGCGAGUGCAGGCCUAUUAGGGGUUGCCUCUGCAUACACUCACACGGAUUGGUAGCUAGAUUUGCCCACGUAGUUGAAAUUCAUAAUAGGUGUUCAUAAAUGUUACCGACACUCGCAUCAAAUUUGCUUGUGAUGUUCACGCAAACCACCAUUUUCAUCCUCCUUUUCCAGACUCACAGUCGAGUGGCGAGUUGAUUGGCAUUCAAAUUUAAGGCGACAUUGCCUCCGAUACAUAAGUUAACAGAGCUGAGGAAUAUCAGAAGUACUCUUAGCGGUCCUACAUUUCCGUCAGUGUGCAAGGCAAAUUUUCAAUACUAAACAGAAUCAAUUUCGAUUAGGAAACCGUAUCAAAAAGCUGUCUAUAUGAAUCUUACACGUGCGUUAACGGUACUUAUGCUGUUCGCGCUCAGACCGCUCCCCGUCUAGCGAACUCUGAACAAUUUACCGCAGUGUCGCAAGACUACUUAGUAUUCGCGCUCAGAUAUAUUCAUCUGAUGCAAAGGGGGUCAUUCUUGAACACAUUGUUAGGUCACUCCUUUGAUUAAUACACCUCGACCUUCCCCAAUCACGAGGAUCUUCCCAAUACAAUUAGUAUCUGCCCUCUUUACAACAAAUCGCGCAUAUUGAUUAUGACUAUCAAUUAGGGUCGUCGAAUACUGCGCUCAUUCGACCAUAACUGGUCUGCUGGUGGACACUGCAAGUGAAUUUAGAUUUUAGCAACACAAGUCCUAGAUUUUAGCAGACGUCCACUGUUAGCGGUCUGCUGCAUUAGUUAGGUAGCACAACCGCACAGUCAAUUUAGAAUCGCGUUCACUGCAGUCUAUUCCGUAAACAAUACCACACGGCUACUGGUGUUCUUGUCCGUCGAUCUCUUAGUCAAGUCACACGCAUGCCGGUUAAACGGUUGCCAAGUUCAGCUUUGUUCGUUAAAUCUGACUUUGGAUGACAGAAUAGACUACUGGGCCGAACAGUAGUACCUAGGGACUGUAUGGGAAAUCUAAAUUCAACGGAGUCUGCAGAUCCUCUGGAGAUGUAGUGUUUCUUGUCAGCAUUCCUGUCGGCCGAAACUGCGCUCACUCACUUCCACUUCCGCCCACUAACUGAACUAGAUUUUGUAUUUAACGACAAGGGGGAUCAGACCGGGUUAUUAAAUUCAGCUGCAGACUUUUUGCCGACGAAGAUGAACUGACUACUUAGCGUCACUCGAGGGGCCCGAACGGAACCUGUGCCGCUUUUCCUUGUGCCUAAUGAUGGGCUACAAUGAAGCUUUUAAUUUAAAUGCCUAGUAGACGCAAUCACACAGCGCUGUUAACCGGUUCCUUUAACAAGCUGGCUUUCCGUUAGUCCCUGGCAGGUUUUACAGUCAAAGACUUGAUCCCUUAUAUAAUUAAGGCGCAUACUGCGCACAGGCAUUUGGGUGUGACGAAUUUGAAAGUGAUUCUAUUUUAAAUUUAACCUUGCUUACCGAACUCAGACGUUCUGUAGCGCGCAAUCCCAUCCUCACUAUUUGUGCAAAUUUCAACAGCUUGAAAGUUUUCAAAAGUGAUCUGCUUUGGGUUAUAACUCAUUUUAAAAGCACCAAGAUCUGACAUAAGGACCUUUGAGCCUAAACACGAAACAAAAUACGUAUACAAACCGGAACUCAGCUGAUCUUUACACAUCCGAAAAUUGUGAAGAUGACCUUGCUUGUUACUGCGUUAUGUAUCUAGAACGCAAUUGAGAGACAGAAAGACCUGCAACUCCUGGACUCCACUUGAAGUUGCCGCACGACCCACAUUAAUGGGGCUGUCACCGCCUCCUCUGGGAUUCUCGAGGGUGAUGACUAGAUGCAAUUAACACCACUCCUCCCCCCCUUCCCCGCACAACCCACAGAAUGAGGCUGUCACCCACUGUCAGCCCAGUGUCGUGCAGCCGGGCUUGAGGAAGCCCGUCACGGCGACCAAAUACUGUAGCUUCAGGUCUACUUCAUUCUCAACAGAAUUAACAAGAAAAGCUGAGAGUGGCUGAAAGGCGCCAACGAGAAACAUCAGAUCAGUGUCAAACACGACUCCGUGCUCAGAACUCAUGCAACUGCAAUCACCUUGCAUUCCGGCACCACCGAUCAGAUGAUUAUUGCUUGAGUCAGCAUGUUUAGUAUUGGCACUAUGACUACCGUAUGCACUUAUUGCCAGGUUUUGAAAUCUAACGGAGAAACUAAAGGAAUGUACUACGCCACCGAAAAAAUUAAACUGCCUGACCUUUCAGAACUACCGGAGCCAUCAAAUACUUUGCUUGCUGGAAAGACCGCCGAAUCAAAGCACUUCCUAUCUCACAUCAGGAAGUACGAUUUAUGCUUCCAAAUGACAUCGUCCGGCGCGGAUAUCGUCAAUUUAUGCCGACUUUCAAAGUGAAAGGACAAAUUUAUCAUACAGUCGGCUCCCUUCUUCCGCCCCAAGACGGUCAACAUAAAUUUCUACAAAUGUACUUCAUCGAUGAUGGCAAUGACAAAUUGAAUGCACGCUGCGGAAUUUCCACCGGCAUAAAACGGUCCACCGUUUCUCAAGCGCAAGACCUUCCUCAUGAACACAAUAACUUAGUGCGUUUGUUCAAAACCGCAAUUACCACGAUGCCAUCUGAUACGCACAAUAAUGUUAUUGAUGCAGACAAAACGCCUGCUAGACAACAUGGGCGAUGAUCCAAUGCUCCAAUUAUAGUCGAAGUGGCAACUGCUAUAGUCCGAGACCAGUUUAAACGGAGAGAUAUUGUGCUUCAUCGGCGGAACAAUCAACUGACAAGAGUUGCAGAAACUCAUCGGCUCUACGAUGCCUUGCAGUAUCCACUUAUUUUUUGGGAUGGUGCCGAUGGAUAUCACUUCAACGUUAAGAGGAUAAAUCCAGCCAGCGGUGAGGAAAUGCACAUGAAAUGCAGCGCAAUGAACUACCGCACCAACCGACUAAUGAUUCGGCAGAAUGUAAGUAAUCCCUUUUCGAAAUGCCGUCAACUGUUUCACCAGUACAUUGUGGAUAUGUAUGCAAAAAUGGAAACAGAACGUCUGCUUCUCAUUCGCUUGAAUCAGACCAAACUGCGUUCUAAAGAAUACAUUUUACUUGCUUGCUGUAGUUGUAAACUACGGUAAUACAAUUAACGUUGUAAGGCUAACAACUUUGUCAUCCACAUCCACAGGCAGUUCACGUCAUAUGUUUGAGUACGCUCGAGGUACAAUUACUCAUGUUUGCCAGUACGGACGCGUAAGCCUAUUCCGUACACUCAAAUGCAAUCCCGCUUGGGGUGACAUUAAACAGUUUUUGCUUCCUCGGCAAUCGCCGGUGGAUAGGCAUGACAUCACAGCACGUGUUUUCAGGCAGAAGCUGAAAUCGCUGAUGAAAUUCAUGGUGAAACACGAGGUGUUUGACCCUGUGCGCCGCUGGACGUAUUUGAUGGAGUGGCAACAGACAGAACUGUCCCACGCACAUAUCUUGAUCUGGUUCUAUAACGAGAUCACCUCCAACGAAAUCGACGAUGUAAUAUGCGCUGAAUUACCUGACACCGACGUCGACAAGGAUUUGCAUGAAGUUGUGGCGAAGAAUAUGAUAUAUGGACCUUGCGAUAUGUCGAAUCCUGAUUCCCCGUACACGAUAGACGGAAAAUGCUAUAAGAGAUAUCCUCGGGCAUUCGUAUGCAACACAGGUACCGGAAAAGAUGAAAAUCCUCUACGCCGAAGACGAUCAGCGGAAGACGACGGCAAAUUGGCAACCGUUCAAAUGCGAGCCAGUGACAUAGAAGUACAAGUAGAUAACCGCUGGGUUGUUCCAUAUUCGCCUUUUCUUUUAAAAGCAUACAAAGCGCACAUAAACGUGGAAUACUGAAAUUCCGUGGAAUCAUUUAAAUACAUUUAUAAGUACGUGAACAAAGGCAGCGACAUGACCGUUUUUGGCCUACAACCCGGAAGGAGAGAAAGGAAUACGCACGUACAAGUCGAUGAAAUCGCACAUUUUCAGGCUGCAAAAUAUAUCAGUAGCAACGAAGCCGUAUGGCAAAUUCUCCCAUUUCCCAUAAAUGAAAGAAGCCCAGCUGUUGCUCACUUGGCAGUACACUUAGGGAAUGGGCAAUGCGUUUAAUUUACAGCUGCAAAGGUACAACAAGUUGCCUUAGGUCCACCGGCAACAACAUUAACUGCAUUCUUAACGUUAUGCCAAACUGACGCGUUUGCGAAAACACUGCUUUCUUCGGAAGUGUCUACGAAUUACACAUGGAAUGCGUGCAGAAAAUCUUUCGUACGACACAAACAAGAGCGAGUCGACGGACACCCCGGCAUAUUCAAAGGAACUGCGAUAGGCAGACUGUACACCGUGCAUCCAAAUCAGGACAAGUGCCUCUUCAUUCGCAUGCUGUUGGUGAAUGUGCCCGGUCCAACUUCUUUCCGGCAAUUGAAAUCUGUCAAUGACGUUACACAUGCCACUUUCCGCAGUGCAUGUCCGGCUCUCAAUUUAUUGGAAACAAUCAACACUGGGAUGUAUGUAUUAAUGACGCCUGCAGCACUUCACAUCCACACCAAAUCCGUGUAUUGUUUGCAAUCAUACUGACUGCCUGAUCGCCUUCAUCUCAAACAGAUUUACGGGAGAAAUGGAAAUCGCACAUGGCUGAAGACAUCUUCUGGCGACCACGCAAGAAAAAUUCGAAUGUGGAUUUCUCAGCAGAAAUCUAGAACGAGGCUUUAAUAAUGAUUGAGGAUAUGUGCGUAGAAAUCGUGAGCAAAAGUCCUUGGUUAACUGGGUGUAUCUCAUCACCAAACCGACCUCCUGCUGUUUCCUUAGAUGUGGAUUCUCCCAGUGAGCAAAACUGCAACUCGGCUGAACUUCUGACAUACCUGUAGUCAAACAUUCCUAGGAUAACACAGGAGAAGACUGGGAUUUACGAUCAAAUAAUGCGGAAUGUCAAUAACGGGGUUGGAGGAGUCUUCUUCUUAGAUGCACCAGGUGGAACUGGCAAAACGUUCCUUCUAAGGCUGAUUCCGGCAGCAAGACGAUCCAGGGUAGCUAGAACCCCGCUACCUGGCGGAAGAACUGUUCUUUCAGCUUCGAAAUUGCCGUUGAGAAUCCAAUUCAUGGAAACCACCACGUGCAACAUUUCCGAAGCAUCCGACAUGGGAAAAGUACUGCAGAAAUGCAAAGUUAGUGUUUGGGAUUAAUGCACAAUGACAUACAGAAAACGCUCGAGGCCCUUGAUCGAUCAUUGUAAGUUUACGCGAAAAUGGUAGAUCAUUUGGAGAUGUAUUGCUACUGCUUGGGGGAGACUUCAGGCAAGCACUGCCCGUAAUUCCUCGAUCGACACCAGCGGACGAAAUAAAUGCCUGCCGGAAAUACCCAUAUUUGUGAUGCCAAAUUCAGACGGUAAAACUGACCACAAAUAUGCGUGUCCAGCUGCACAACGACUGAAAUAUUAUCACACCAAUUGCUGACAAUUGGAAACGGAACGGUGCCACUUGAUCCCAUUUCAGGACGCCUUUCUCUACCUUUUACCCUCGGCAAUUUAGUGUCGUCAAAGGAAGAAUCGGUUGAAAAGGUGUUUCCCAACAUUCAGACGAAUUACACCAAUCAUGAUUGGGUGAGCUAACGAGUUAUUCUUGCGGCCAAGAAAAAAGAUGCCUACCGACUUAACCAUAUUAUUCAGUCUAGGAUCCAAAUCGAGGCAGUGACAUGCACGUCCGUCGACACUGCUGUGGAAUCAGACGAGGCAGCUAGUUAUCUAACGGCAUUUUUGAAUUCACUUGACCUGCUAGGGAUACCGCACCACCUACUGCAAUCGGAAAUGGGCUUGCCGAUUAUCAUGUUGCGUAAUAUCAACUAGCCGAAACUUUGCAACGGCACGCGGCUUGCAGUAAAACCAUUACUGAGCAACGCCGUGGAAGCCACUGUCUUGACAGGACCCUUCAAAAGUGAACAUGACCAUAUUCCUCGCAUUCCACUGAUUCUGACCGAUAUGCCACUUAAAUUUAGGAGAGUGCAAUUUCCGAUUCGAUUGGCGUUUGCAAUCAGAAUCAACAAAGCUCAGGGUCAAUCUUUCGAAUUGUGCAGUUUGAAUCUGCAAACGUUUUGUCUCUCAUAUGGUCAACUACAUGUUGCGGCAUGUAGUCGGCAACAUAGUCGGCAAACUAGAUAAUCUCUAUAUCUGCACGGACAACGCAACGACAAAAAAUAUUGUAUACCUACAAGCAUAAUAAACUCAAGCAUAUUAGGAACGCGCCCUCUUUCUCUUGUCUUUCUUCUUCAUUUCACCACACUGAGCCACAGCAACGCGUGGCCGGGUUCAGCUAUAGUUGAUAAUCAAUAUUCUCGAUCACAACCUACCGGGAAAUGAGCCCGUGGUUCAGUCAUAUAGUGUUAACCAUAAUGACUAAAGAUUUGGGGUUCGAAUCCCAUGCGCUCUACGCUUAGGGAUGGGUAUGGCUGGCUGAUGACGGCUAGUACCUCAGAAAUGACCUUUCUGGUCUCCAUUGUAUUCGUCGUUAUCUUAUUCCUGCAUAUACUACUAGUCACUGUGCGACUGCCUGUAAGAACUGCAAAUUUAACCCCAAGGCGCAACGUGACGGGCAUGUCUUGUAACGUGAUUGGUGAACGCCUAGUUGAUAUUCUCGAUCGCAACCGACAGCUCAACAGGCUUUGUGGCUCAAUGAUACGGCGUUGUAGUCGACGUUCAAAUAUUGCCGGUUCGAAUCCCGGAUGCUUUGAACCUGUGAUCCGGUAUAGAGGGCUUAUGACGGCUAAUGGGCAUUCCGGUCUCCCUUGACUUGUCGGUAACCCAUUAUAGUGUUGUUUGUCCGCUACUUUGUUAAGGAAGUAUCCAUACCCACUACUCACUUGAAUACUUUCGGGCCGUGAAGGAAAGUUCAGUUUGUGGAUUGUUUUUUCCGAACCCACUUCUGCCCAAAACACAGGCAGUGGCAGGGUCAAGGUUUAUUCAGUAGCAGCACCACCUGUCAAAGCAGACUAUGAAAGCUAUACAACCCCUUGUAGCUACGAUCUUCCCCAUCUUAGAGGUAAAAAUUUAUCUUUUCUUGUUAUAACCUUGUGAACCUUAAUUUCAUUUGAAAUAUGGAACUCAAAUUUCAGCUAAAGUUCUCCCGCCAUUAUUUAAGAAACUGCUAACCCUUUUCUGCAGGCCAGAAGUUUUAUCCUCCUUGUAAGUCAAAAGCUCUCUGACCCAGGCCGCGAGCCUACGGUCUGUCGGCGGAGUUUAGAAAUAUCCGAGAUCUUGUGAGACUAACGUUCACCUUUCCGUUCUAAAUUCAAGAUGGAUAUUUUCACUUGAUACAUUUAUUAAGUAUUACCAAACUCUAGAGUGAAUAAGAUAGUAUUUUUGAGAUUAAAUGUAUUGUGGAAUGCCCAUUAUUUACCAUCCAACAGCCUGCGGUUGGGCCCUCGUGGUGUGGGAUUAAAGGCUUAGCAAGGUCAACCGACCGAUACGCAUCACGGCACACAACAAAAGGGCCGAUUUUCUUUAGGCAGAGUGCCCACGAGAGUCUUGCAUCCCUUAGUUUUUUUAUAUACCACCAUUCGGCCUUUAUGCGUAUACAUCAACGACAGCACCCGUCUACCAAGUUUUUUCAGUCAGCCUGCCUGAGACGACUCAUCCUGGAAUUUACCACAUAACCGAAUUUUACAAAUGAUUGGUCAAGAUCUGCCUUCUUGGGGAAAUGCUGAAGGUGAUAAAUGACCAACCGCAAUUCUGUUUAUCAAUACGGAAUUUCUGUAUCGAUAGGGAUACUGUGUGCUGUCGUAAUCGCUUUGUUUUAAUUCGAGUUCCAAGGCAACUUUAUUAAACAAACAACGGCCAAUAUAACUUAGCUGAUUUGGUGUGACAAAUAACUUGCUUUUAAUUAUAACUUGAUUUUUUAGGACCCAAGAGAGGCCGAAGAGCGACGGGCGCUUAUCCGUCAGAAUAAGAAGCUUCUAAACCAGGUAAAUUACUUCCCAUGAAGGAUGUAACCUCCAUCAACACAGCUUUACGAAUCAGCAAAGAAGAUUGAACAUCUGGAGCUUACAAAGAUAGAAAUGAAAGAACAGCUGGAGUUAUUGGACUUCCAGUUGGUGGAGAUAGAAAAUCAAAAGGCCAUUGUAAGUAGCAGUCUUUUUCAUUUUCAGGGUCCAGGAAUUUGGACAAGCCGUACCUAAAGUUUAAACAUACUGGACUAUCUCCUUCACUUUCCAAAUAUAAACCAGGUCGAUGUAGCAAUUUUGAAGCGCAAAAUAUAGGGACGAAGGUCGCUUAGUUCAAACGGGAACACAUUUCUGAACAGGGGAUAUUCAAUCCAUUUUAGCUUCCUCUAGCCAGACACUCCAGUUUAAAUUUUGCAGAACAAUAAUAAAGACUGGCUUACGUCGUUAGUCGGUUCAUCAGAUAUUGCUUAUUCUCAAAUCAUUCAUACUGUCUCGACUAAAAAAGUGUUCGCGCCUACGUAAGUGAAGUUUAUUUUGAAGAUGGCAUAUUAUUAAAAAUCUUAUCUUUUCCUUAUGCAUCUCGUUUACCGGACAUUAACAGGAUUUGUUAAAGCAUGAUAACAUGUCUUCGGUACAUUAAUUUUCGUUAUGUGGCUUUUGCUGGAACUUUGUAAAUCACAGUUUGCCAUGGAACGCAUUUUUGCAUGAAUACAGUUGAUUAACGAUUUGCGUGGGAAGUUUUGUUUAAAAGUCAAAAAUUAACCUACUGAAAAUCUCAGACUUUUACGUCAAGCUUAGGGAGAUGCCUUUAUUUACCAAGACAAAUAUAGCUUUUUGAGUGAAUUAAAGGAGUCAGAAUUGCAAUGAACCCUAAAAAUUCACGGGAACCUGAACGGAUUCCCAGAUAUCGGCUAUUAGAGAAACUUACAGGAGAAUUUUGGAUAAGCAUGGGAUCUGGCCGAGACAUUUUUAUGAAGAAUUUGACUACGUUGCUGCGUACAUAAUUCCCUGUCCUUCGAACGGAAAGCGGAAACAGAAUCUAAUGAGACUUCUACUGGGUUUGCUAGAAAACGAAGAGGCCGGUCAAGACCCCUGACAACUGCUGCUAAAGCAAUUGUUUCUGAUUUGGAAACUGUCAAUCGUCCACUCAACUUCACACAGCUUUCCGGUGUGAAGGAAGGUGAGGGAAAUGAAGACAAACAUGAAGAUCGCGUGAAUACGCCUUUAUAAUAUUCUCAGAAAUGCGCCCUGCGCGUUCUAUGAUCAGAAAAUCAAUCUGGCCUUUGCUUGCUCAUCCUGGGGUGGGCGCACGUGCUAGUAAAUGUCAUUGGGGGUUGUUAAUGCUAUGUAAUCGUGACGCGUAAUCUAACUGUUUUACUGAUAACUAGUUUUUGGCGGAAUGAAAAAUAAGUUGAUAAGUUUGAUAUCCGUCACACAUUCAGAUUCGGACUACUUUCCCCUGCUGUGAGCGUUUUGUUGUUAUCGCGUGCGUACUUAUUAUGUAGUUCAAAAGUUUCCAUGAAAUCUCUUUAGUAAUCUUAUUCCUUUAGUCACCUAGUUAAGUGGCCUUGAAAAUAGCUCCGCACGACAGUACAAGUAAACCUAAUGUCGACAGUCACACAGGAAAGCCCAUGCGUUUUUGGAUUCUCAGUGUCCUAGCUAAAGAGCUUGUUUACGCUAGCGAGGAAAAGUCGAUAGUUAAAAACCCUUUUGUCCUAAAGUAAAUUCAGUUUAUCCUCGCAAACUCUUAAAGGCUCUUCGAUUUUUUAAGAUCGAGGAAGAGGUUCGUCGCCAGUUACCACGUGAGGAUGGUGAAGCACAGACCGAAGUAAGGCAACUGGUUUUCUUCCCACGCAUAUAUACUUCUUUGCGACUAAAUGUUUUAUUUCCGUGAAUCUGUACUUCUUUAGCGGCUGUUUCUUCAGGUUUCGUAAGUUUCACUAUAAUCAAACUGGCGGCGGUUGAAAAUUUCACCUAUAUUCAAUCUUAACCAGACGAAACCUUAAAUAUCACAGUUCUUCCGUGAAAAUGGAAAUAUUUUAUACAUAUUUUUUAUUUGUAUGAAUUUGAGCGCGUAUCUAAAAGUUAAUCUGAAAUCAGAAAGUUUGUUUGCGAGAAAAAGCAUGUUGUGUCUUGAAAUGUCGUGAAACCAAACUUCUGUGUAAUCACGUUUUGCGGUGUAUUCAACGCGAUUCCGUUAUAUUUUUAUAGCCCUUUCAAGUCUGUGGCUAAGUUAUUAUUAAAAAAUAUGAAAUUACUCUUUAUUCUGUGAACGCUCCUAGGAGUAUACAGACUGCGUGAUUUACUCCUAAAACCAUUUUCUCAGUAUAUUUUUGUAUCAGAGCUCGAGCAGAUUUUGGUAGGACUGACCUAUGUGGCCUCCUAAAUAGGACCUUGGAAUAGGUUCGACCCGCCCAAGUAAUAAAGGUAGACUGGCGCCUAAUUCUGGAAAGGGCAAAGUAUUCCCGUGUCCAAACCCCAACAAUAACCCUAAUAUUAAACUAAACCGUUGCCCUAAUCUUGAUCCCAACCCUGCCUUAAGCCUUAACCCUGCAGUUAACACCAGUCCCUACCUUGAACCUAAACUUGAUCCUGACUUACGUUGCCGUUAACUUUAAAUCUAGGUCUAAAAUUAGUCCUUAACUUAACUCUAGCCUUAACCUUAAACCUUACCCUAUUUUCACUGGAAGUUGGCUCAAAGUCACACGUAUUGAGGGCGGUUUCUGCUCUUAUGUCCUGUUUAGGUGACCCUAUAAGUCCGUCCUAUCCAGAUUUCAACCAAUAUUCGAAUCCUACUUGGUGGGGUGUGUCGUAUUUACUGAGAAUUUGCACACGUGCCUAGAAAUUAUCGAAUUCUGAAUUAAAGAAAAAAAUCUGUUAUCCUGACUGGCCCCAGACAUCACUACAAAUGGUGGUGUCAGUCCGAUAUAAACUGCGCAAUUGCUUCAAGGACCCGCCAGAUAAAACAAUCUUGAUAGUUUGACUAACCUCCAUUAACUUUCAGAAGACACCCACUGCUGUUGCGUAAUAGGCCCCUUUUGCCUCCAUCAAAGAAUUUCCUGAGGGCAUAUUUUGCAAAAGAUUUGCGCUCUGUUUAACCUACUGAAUCCCCAAGUUACUACUUGCAGUAUACGGUCUGAGCUCGUUCACAGGGAACUCAGAUGCGAUUCAAAAUCGGCUACUGGUUACUGAUUUAAGAUAGUUGUUCUCCCCGCCUGCCCUUUAAAUCUUCGGGGUCCGUCGCAAUCCCUUUUUUAGCUCUAGAUAACAGUAAAGCACUAUUUUGCUGGAAAACAGCAAUAUCACGUUUUCAAGCUACGGCAAGCAUCUUUUGGAAGUCCAUAAAGUACAUCCACCAAGGAACUCUAGAGAGAAAAUGGACACAUUUUGGGGGAUAGCUUUGCGACCAUACAGUUAAAAAUGUGAUUAUCAUUACUUCGAUAUCAUUUUAGGCAUCAGCAACCUGAUGUUAGUUUUGAAUUCUUCGAUCGAUUUUCACAUAUUAGCUGACAAAUUUGCGCAAGCUGGAGUUCGUUUCGCAAGGAAAACGACUGGUUAAACUUGUUAGACGAUUCAAUAAAACCGACAAACUGGGAUGCUUGCCCUGCUGCUGAAAAUGCGGCAAUUUUAGGUUUGUGCGGCCUCAGCAUAUCAGUGGGUGGAAGACCUAAGUUGUCUGAAUGUAUCGAUCGCACCACUUUUUUUUUUAUCAAGAAUCGUUACUGUACCCGCCUCUGGGCAGGCUAUAGGUCAGAGGUCACUCAUGUCGACUUCACCCAACACCUGGCUGCGCCUUUUUAUUGCCUUUAAGUUGACUUCUAACAAAGUGCCCCGGUUAGACAGUUGACAAAGGACACGGAGGCCCGUAAUCCGUUGACUAAGGGAUGCCUUCCACCUUGAGCGACAUUCAUGUUCAACCUCUAAUAAGUGGCCUCGAAGACUGCUUGGAGUAAGCAGGUUUUCGUGAGAAUAAGAUGCUGCUUUACUGUCGGUUUUCUACAUAAAUCGGGUAAAUUUAACUUAUAAGUGACGGAAAACAAUUUAGCUCCGAGUUUCCUUCACGAGCUGACGAAAUAGAUGCUUCACAACAUUUUCAUCUAACCCGUUCAAAAGAACACCAGCGUCAAAACAGCAUACACGCGAGCAUGUAUACCGUUGGCAGGCCAUUGCCUGCGUCUGUACAAGACAAACACUCCCUUGGAAAGUAGUAUUUUAUCUAGGCCCGGAAGCAGGGAAAAAUUGAUCGCAUCUUCGUCUUCUGAACUGCAUCCUGGAGCUUAACUGCUAUCUAUUAGAAGAGGAGAGCAACCCGCUGGCCAGUCGUGGUGUUGUGGUCUGUCAAAAGGAUUGUGGUGACCUAUAGAUCAGAGUGUUCAGAAGAUUGGCAAAUAAGAGGUAAUUAAUGAGCUUAAACAACAACUACCUCAUCAGUCGCAAUUGUACUCGUCGAGAGACAGUAUUUCGACCAGUUGAGACGCUCUGGAGUGGACCGGAAAACAAGGUUAUUGAAUAACAAAGCAUUUGAUGGGUGUCAACGUCAAGGGGGCGUCCUGUCCAGUUUCGUCAACCGUUAAAAACGGAAAGAAAAGCAAAAUCACAUCGACUCAAAAUUUUAUCGAGCACCCCCCAUACAUCAAGAAUCUCUCGGAGGCUUUCAACCGCCUUCUUACACCACUUGGACCUGAGAUUGGACACAGACAGGAGACAGCCACUAGGUGCCCAAACAGAAAAUUUGGUGAUGUAUUCAAACCUGAGACAACCAUCAUACGUCAGAUAAUGCCGCCCGAAUGCUCGUGGCCAUGGAAGCGAAGACCUUGGGUCUGGUAUAUUUGUGGUCAGAUUACUGCAGGCAUGGAUAAACGGAGACGCAGCAGUAAUGAGGAGGAAUGAGGCCAAUCAUGAGGUCUCAGCCCAUUCGACGGGACCCGUCCAGAGCAUCAAAUUUAAAAGGGGCCAAAAUCCUUGCAAGAGAUGACGACCGGGUUGGAUUACAAGCUACUUGAGAUAUGGACCUGCGACCAAUGGUCCAUCAAUAAGGGUGAUUGUCUUUCACUCCCUAUUCCGAGAUAAGACUUUGUCUUGGCAGAGCACUUAGUCACGCGGGGAGCACACGGACUAACACUUGUCGAGUAAUUUUCAUACUUAUAGCCAACAUUUAUGAUUAAUUUGUGACGAUUAACGACGCGGGUGGGGAGAACCAAGCAAAUCUCACACCAAGCACGACCAUCCGCAAUGAAUGUGGGAGCUGGUGAUGUUGAUAGGAAUGUAGCUGCAUAAAAGCUGCAUCCCAUGAACACUGCACCCCGGUGUGUUCCGCCACUCUUUCUUAACUGUCGUCUCUUAUUGUGAGUUCGAAUAAGAAUCUGAGAAGUAAGACGGAUAACCUCUUUGUCCCAUCAAUCGCGUCUGUUUUCUUCACAUCUUUGCCCGGAAACCGACAUAAAUCAACAAUAGCACGUAGUUAAUAGCAUAUGUUAACCUUACUACCGCACAACAAAUGCUUAUAUAUGACACACCAUUCAUGUUCUAGACACCUUUGUCCAUAUCCUUCUGUUCAUGUAUUAAAUAGGUAAAACCCAACGGAAUUCCUUUCUAUCCACCUGCCGGAAUACCUUUUCUUAGUUUGUCAAAUAUAACGGUUGUUUUUUUUCGGACUCAGACACUGCGCUACUAAGUGCGAACUAAUCUCUGUUUUUUGGCUUACGUGUCGACCAGUUUGUAGACUAGUUUCAGCUAAAUAAUUUUUAUUCGGUCUAAAUGCAUGAAAUGCAUAUAGCCAUCGCCUUCAGUUUCACCUGAUUGGAGUCUAAGAUGUCUCAUGUGUCAACACAACCCUUAGAUGUAAUGCGGCCUCUUUUAAAAUGAGCACGUAAAUGAGGAUCCCAUAUCUACUCUAUCUCCUCCCUUCUAGUUAUAAAUAACGUGCAUUUUGCACUAGCUGUCAUCUAUUGGUCUUUUGUCGGGCCAGUGUGUCGUUCUUGCUAGAAAACACGGCCGGUGUGGAAGGGGGGGGGGAGAGUAGGGGAAAGUGAAACCUCAGAGAAGCCGGGGAAUUGUUUGCGUGCAUAGUGCCUAGUCACGCUUCCGGGCAAGGCUAAUCAGUGUGUCUUCUUCGCGCACAACGACCAUCUGCCGAUGGAAAGUAUCCUCUACUGUCUAGGCAAAUUAAUGUCAGGCGCCAUGGUUACAGCUCUGCACCUUUGGCCUGUCUUCUAGGCACGCCCGACUUGAGAGACAAAAGUGUGGCCAGUACUAUCAGGAGUUGAACGGCUGCUAAUGAUAAUAAACUCAUCGUCAGAAGACGAGAGCUUCUGUGAAAAUAACAGUUUCAAGGCUGCUGUAGUAACAGGAUAACUUAUUUAAAAGAAGGCGAAGGCACGAUCACUGGGACAGUAGGUUUAUUUGCCUGAGCUUUCGAACUCGAACUCGAAUUCAUCAUCAGAGGCUACUCGAGUGCAUCAUCCGGCGGGCACCAUGCGUAGCAGGAUCAUGAAAAUGAAGGAUCGGCUGGACGCAGGUGAACAGUCGGGCGUAGUCUACCGAAUCCCCUGCCAAAACUGUCCUUGCCACUACACAGGCCAGACAGGACGACGUCUGAGCUCACGAAUACUUGAGCACAAACGGGCCGUUCGGAGAGGCGACCCACUGUCUCAAGUAGCCACUCACACGCUGGAGGAAGGGCAUGAGUUCGACUUCGCCAAGACGCGGAUAUUGGCGCGAGCCGGCAACAAGACAGGGCGAGAGCUGUUGGAGGCGUGGGUGUCGGACACCAACUCUAUCAACAGACAUCGAUUUGCCUGCGUGUUAUCACGCGCUCCGCCCACGCAGCCAGGUGGCGCAGCUCACACCGUCGCGAAGUACAAACGGCGUCACCACGCCGGGGGAACACCGUGGACCAGGCGGCACAAACCCUACCUAGCCACGGACGCACUCCCCCUCCCCCCGCAAGGAUGAACGAUAUAAAUGUUCACAAUUUGCUGCACUCGAGUAGCCUCUGAUGAUGAACUCGAGUUCGAGUUCGAAAGCUCAGGCAAAUAAACCUUCUGUCCCAGUGAUCGUGCCUUCACGUUCUUUUAAACAAGAACCUAUGAUGCGCAUAUUCUCUUCCAUUCGUGAGGAUAACUUAUGUUGAACUUCUAAAAAUAUACAAUAUAUACAUUGUAUACAAUUGUUUAUUCCCAUUCGCAACCGGCAGGACAACGAGCCCAUGGCUCAGUGGUUAGAGACGUUGGACUUCUAACCAACAGGUCGCGGGAUCGAGCCCCAGUUGUUCCACACUUCGGGGUUGGGUGCGACUGGCUGACGACGGCCAAUAAGCCAGAAAUGGCCAUUCCAGUCUCCCUUGUCUUUGUCGGUAAUAAAAUUCUGCCUAUAUCGUGCGCCGCUGUGCGGCUGCUGGUUGGGCUCGAGAGAGAGCCCGUAAGACACAACGGGACGAGCGAGUUUCGUAAAAACGAUCGGUGAGCGCUCCUCUACCAAAGGAUACCUUAUGCUGAGGCUUUUUAAAAAAUCGGAACAGCUAUUCAGGCAGAGCUAGGAACGGAAAAAACACUCGCAAAGGUUUUAGUAAUUUGAAGCAAAAUCUUGUUUGAGGCAUCCAAAUCGAUAUGUCUGUUAAUGCGUACCUCAUCUGGGUGCAUCGCCUUUAGGGAUUCGCAGACAUCCUUUGUUGGCCAGUCCUCAAUGAUGCGAGUUUUCUCCGUGCAUCGUUUGUGCACAGCCAUCUGAUGUAGAUUGUCUAGUCUCAUCACUGAUGGAUGAUGUGUUCAUACGGAUGGAUAUAGGCUGAUUUUCCAGUUAUAUCCCAAUAACCUUCCUCGACACUGAUGCGUAAGAUUUCAUACGCAACUUCUCAACGAAGUAGCCAAAUAGGUCCUUACAGUGUACAAACUAGGGGUGCGGAUUAAUUGUAGGUUUGUACGCUGCCUCUGCCUGAUUAUCCCUCAGUUGUUUUUUUGAGGAGUUCAGAUGCCUUUUAUGUGUAUGUAAAAGUUCACCGGAUAGCCGCUUUCGGAGUCGGAGCAGCUGUAUAGCCAUUGAAGUACGCACACUUUUGGGAUCCCGAUGCAUCCUCCAAGGACGCACAGAGGCAAGAGGACAGCCAAUUUUAAGAACGAUUUAGGAAGAUAUCUUAUUGCUUCUAUGUACAUUUCUUCGUCGUAGUCGUGAAAGAAAGUGCGUUUUCAUAUUAUUAACCUCCCUGUCAAAACGUAGGUGUUGGUUGCUACUUAUUUUGUUUAGGUAGCUAGGUACAGUUAGGCUGCUGUGUUCGUAUGUUUGACAGAGGGCGCAUAACACAUUACGGGGCUGGGUUUCGCUAAUGACCACUUAAUUUUGCGAGGUUUGCCUACCGCUGACUAGACAUACGACCUGAGCUGUAGUCCCGACUCUUACUCUAGCCUCCAUCUUGAGGUUAAUCACACCACCAUCACCACCACCACCACCAUCACCAUCAUCACAACCUUGGUUGGUGUCUAAUAGAAAGUGUGACGCAUGCAACUUACCGUUCGGCGUUGUCACCGUUGAAGUGGCAGUUCAGCAUACACAUUCACCCCAGACAGAUAAUUACCAAAAUACAUACACAAUGUAGGCGGCGGGGCUACACACGUCUCGGAGCAUCUUAUGGUCUAAAUUAGCAUUUUCGAGAUCGCAUCCCGUUUGGACCACAAUGGUCCAAGUUUUAUAAAAUAGCGGAUCGAGAUCUUUUUCACAUACGACUCCCGAGAAAACAUUAGUGUAAGUCUUUUAUAACUGGUACAGUUCUGAAGAGAAUCAGGCGGGAUUUCAGAGACAAAAAUAUUGCCUGUCUUGCGUUUCAGAUUCUCAUUUGGUUCCCCCAUAAGAUAAAGCAUCUAAUAAGGGUGACGGAAAGCACGGGGGUGCAGUAUCCACUGCAUGCAGUUGCUAUGAUGCUGCAUGCCUAUCAACAUUACCAGCCCCCACAUUUGUUGCAGACGGCCGUGAUUGGUGCGGCUUUUGCAUGGUUGCCCCAACCGAGAUCGUUAAUUGUCACGGUUUCAUCACCAAUGUUGAAUUACUGUGAAAAUUAUUCGACCGUUUAACUCAGCGAUAGGAUCACUGGAAACAGUGAUCGUCCCUGUGCUCCUCGCGGAACCAAGUACUCUGCCCAGACAAAGCCUUAACUCGGAAUAGGGAGUGAAAGACAAUUACAUUUAUUGAUGGACCAUCGGUCGCAUGUCCAUGUCUCAAGUAGCUUGCGACCCACCCGGUCAACACUCGGUCACCUCAUUAACCUUCAUGCUCUGAACGGGUCUCCUCGAAUGAGCUAAGAGUUGACGUCAUUCCUCCUCACUACUGCUGCGUCUCCGGUUGUCCAUGUCUGCAGUGAUCUCCCAGUAUCUCCGAUGUGGUUCCUUAGCCACAACUGCAUCGGAUCCGGUUAACAGCUUAAUACGUUUCCCGCCGUGGCCAGGGGUCUUCCGGUUUCAUUAUCUGACGUUUGAUGCUGGCCCCGCCUUGUUUGCAUCCCCGGCUUUUUGGUAGUUUUUUUAUAGACAUCACAACAAAAUUCUUUUGCGUUUGAAGCGUCGGCCAAAUUAAAAUUAUCUGUUAUGUUGAAGGAAUACCGACAAAGGCGGGUUAGCGUAAAGUGGCCAUUUCCGUUCGUCCGCUUUGCCGCCGCAAGCCCACCAUAGUUCCUUUUCAGUCCGCACGUCCUGACAUCCAAAAAAUUGGCGUAAUGGGUCAUGUUGAAUGUCACUACCAUCUUCAGCCACUUGAUCCAUGUACUCACGCUAGGUUGGAUGUGGUCGCAAGAAGUGUCAUGCCAUUGCUGCCGAAACGGUUCGAAUACAGGAGGAAUGAACUCAUUCUGUUUUAAGAAUGCAGAUUUUCGCACUCACAAGUAAAGGAGUUCAGUCAAUCUAUUACUACUUCCCAUGUUCAAAAGAAAAGUAUAUUUUUGAUUACUAAGAUAGAUAGGAGCAGCUGGAGGAUUAUUUGAUGUAUCACGAAUGAAGGCGAAAUUUCGAGUUCAUGGUGUAUACAUAUUUGAAAAAGAAGAAGACUCGAGCACCGGAACAAUUCGUUUAUUAUCCUGAGCUUUCAGACACUACCUCUGACGAUGGACUCCUGUACGAGUCUGAAAGCUCAGGAUAAUAAACGAAUUGUUCCGGUGCUCGAGUCUUCUUCUUUUUCAAAUAUUUGAUGUAUAUUUGAGGGUAUUGUGGAGUCUUUGAGCGCCCGCUGUUCCACUGUAGACUAUUUGGCCCCAGUACUGUCUGUUUACUAAGCAUGUGUUUUAUUUCUACGCAGGAGGAUCCUGAGUCGGGCGCUGCGGCCGUCGCGAUGGCCAAAGCUGAGACUGCGAACGUGCUCUCUGAGCUGGCCAAUCAGCAGGCCGAGAGCGCGGCCCUCUUAGCCAAGCACAGACACCUAGAGAACCUGCUGCGUGAUUUACGAAGGGACAAUGCUGAGCUACGUGAGCAGAUCCAACUCCGUACUGAGGACUCGGAGAACUCGUUGGCAGAGAGUGACAAACACCUAAAGUCUCAGUUGCUGCAGGUAAUUUUUGAUAGUGACUGCCCUCUUAGUCAUGAGCUUCCUUCAACUUUCUUCUCUGCCUUUAUUUACUGUCGAAUAAAACGAAGAUCACCUCGGACAUAACGGUUUAAACGUCAUGGAAACUAUUAUGUCUUAUGCAGCCACUGAAUUAUAUGCAGAUCACACCGUAGAGGUCGACCGUGGAAUCAGUCUGGAGUUCCCAUUGGACUUUUAGAUUCCUUUCUCUGCCUUCGCACUGCUUACUUCAUCUUCGUACUCCCUUCCCCUUUUGACAUGAAUAGUGGAUGGUGUUGUGAGGCGGGUUCGCGUGUUGUGUGCGGGUUAGUGUGCCGCGGUGUGAUGGUGGGUGCCGUCUACGGCGUUCUACCGCCUGCUUUUAUGGCAGAGCGCCACGUUUGUCGAUCAUAAGCAAGGUCCACCCAGGUCUCCGGGUUGGGUUUUCAUGUGCUUGAGUGAGGCCUUCGAGGUGUCCUUGUAGCGACGCUUUUGUCCGCCUUGUCUGCGACCCCCUGCCCUACAAAUGGCCGCUUGCGCAUGCGCUCGUCGCGCAUCCUUACGACGUGGCUGCGCCAUCGCGGCUGUAUCUACCUCAGCAUGGUGUGGGUACUGAGAACGCCGGUUCUUUCCGGAAACCGCUCCUGCCAGCUUAUCUUCAGUGUUCUUGGGAGGCGACUGAGGUGAAAUUGUCCAGUCAUCUUGCUUGACCUUCAUGAACGGUCCAUGUCUCCGUCCCGCACGCCAACGCUGCCACGACAACAUUCCUGUACAUCCUCAGCUUAAUGUUGAGUAGGAUGCCACAACAGUUCCAGACGGAACGCUUUAGCCGACCGAAGGCCUGUUUAGCGAUAGAGGUCUGACAUACGACAUCGUGUUCGCUCUUGGUGCUUUUUGAUAUCAUACUCCCAAGGUACCAUAAUUUCUUCAUUGCUGUAAGGUGACUUCCACUGACAUUGGUGCAGGGUUGGGUGUAGUCAGCAUUUGGCGCCGGUUGGUACAGAAUCACUGUCUUCUCCGUGCUGGUAGACCGAAGGUGGAGAAGCCGGAGGCUAACAGGUCCGCAUUCUACUGCGUGCCCUUUUCGUUGUGAUAUUUAGCUCUCGGUCAUCCGCGAACGAUAGUUCGUGAACGCUGGCCUUGGAUAUUUUCGAAGAUGCUUUUCGGUAACGUAUGUUAAGCAGUUUUCCGUUGGUUCAAUAGUUGGCCGGCCGCUCCUCACGGUAGGCAUCCAUCAACAUGGCGGAUCCCAUGAGACUGAAUAGGGUGAGACAAGUACUUAACCCUGCUUCACCCAAUUGGUCAUCGUGAAUGCUUCACAUAUUGCCCGUUGUCUGUGUCGCGAGUCAUGAUACCGUCAUGAAGUUUUUUCAUUUGAGUAAAUCGGUCAGUACAUCCGAAUUUCAGUCGGAUUUUCCAGAGUCCAUCGCCAUACAGUGUGUCAGAGGUCUUCAUCAACCAAGGUGGCGUAGAGGUUGGCCCUCCUUUCCCGACACAUUUCCGGCAGUUAGCGAACAGCGAAGGUCAUGUCUGUGGUUCCGCGACGUUUUCUGAAUCUGCACCGGGUUUCUGGCAGAAUUCCCUGCUCAAGAUGCCUUUUCAAGCUAUUGAUUUGGAUACGGGUCUAGAUUUUUCCUUCGGGGAUACCUCUGUGUUCAUCACGGAUUUGCUGGUUCCCAUUGCGUGUGUAGUUUUGCACGAUGGUGGCGUCCUUGAAGUUGUCUGGGAGUCUCCUUUUUUGCAACAUUUGGAACAGCAAAAUAAGCUUUUGCGCGAGUUAUGGUCUACCGUACUUGUGGACUUCAACUGGAAGUGCGUCUACUCCUGCUGCUUUUUCACUGCACAGCCGUUGCACCGCUGUCAUUCGCUCAGGGUGGGAAGGCGAUAGAUCGAGGUCUUCGUUUGUGUCCACGUAGAGAAGUCUUUUAGUGACUUCUUUGCUUAUUGUGGGCGGGUGGUUGAGGACGUCCUGGAAAUGCGCGGCCCAGCGCUCCAGAGUCUGUGAUUUCUCUGACAGGAGGGUUGCUCCAUCCUGGCUCAGAAGUGACGCACUUACCUUGGGUUGCAAACCAUAGUCUGCCUUGAUGGCAGUGAAUAAAUAUAUCCCUUUAAGGUUGGCAAAUCCCUGCCUCUCCUGAGCUUUGGGAGUCAACCCGUCGUACAUUUAUCUCAGCCUCCGCUAUAGUAGACUUCGGCCUCUCAAAAUGCGACCUUAUUUUCGUUCCUGAUAUUGGUAGUGUAGCUCGUGUGUAGACUAUGGUUCUCCGAGAGGAGAUUGCGGAUUUCUUCGUUACUGUCAUCAAACAAAUCCUGUUGUGGACGUCACGCGCAGCCGAAGGCUUCCAUCGCGGUUGCCUGGAUAGUAUCCCGCAGUUUUCUCCACUGAGUUUCGACACUGGUAUGGGCCUCCGAUUUGGAGUUUAGACUGCUGCUAAACUUCAGUCGACGUAUUAAGUAGUACACUAUUGAACGUGCUUCAUGGUCGCCUACCUUGUGGUUGCCUGAAUGGUUGCGGUCGCAGGCUUAUCUUGGAGCUGACAAGACGGUGAUCCGUACAGCAGUCGGCACCACACGCUGCCUUGGUAACGAACACCUCACGCUGGUCUCGCCUCCGAAUGAGGGCGUAAUCCAGCAGGUGUCAGUGACGCGAUCGAGAGAGCACCACAUUGCCUUCUCCUGCAUCCGAGCACGAAAGGUGUGUGUCAGGAUAUGAGUGCUGCAAUGGAGAUGGGCCCGUUAUCACUGGAACAGUGAUCACGGGGCCUUCGGAGUCGUACAGACGCCCAACAUCAGGGACUGUAUGGGUGCAACACCAAGUGAGCGCUUUUGUAGGCAAACAAUAAGGGAGAGGAAAGUGUUCGUUACUGGCCGUGUCCCUCUGUUACGUCCACGUUUCAGGUGGUGCAGCCCACUUUCGCUGCCGAGGACGCGCACACUGUCACCACCCUGUGACACCACUCUGAGUUAGGUGACAUGAACCCGGUCCAACAGCUGCGGACAGUACCUUCUCACUCCUUCUUACUUUAAUGUCUAAGUACAGAGUUCACUUAUUGUUGCACUCACACCGUCUCCGAGGCUGGGCUUCUAUACGAGUCCGGAUGCUCACCUACUGCUCCAGUGAUUACGUGUUCAUCAUUUUUGCAUCACGAACCUCGGUCUUACAUUAUCGCCUGCAUUUGGAAGAGGAUUUUCCUCCGCAGUGGCCUGCAGGAGGAAAAGGCAAUUGCUGUUGCAGCUGCCGAUUCCCUGGCGACGGAGCUCCCCCAUCCCCCGGCAUGGUCUCUGCCGACGCAGUGAAGUCACCAAGGGAAAUCGUUUCGCUCGCUUUCGGCGCAAUUGCUAGGAUGCCGUGCAGGUCUCCGUAGAACUUCUUCUUCACGUCACCGGAGUUGGUCCUUGAGGCGCAUACGCGCUGGAGAUGAUGUCAAAUUUAUUGACACGGAGUGGCAACCUGCUGUUCAUGGGACAGUCACUGACGACCUCUAGGAAGCAGGAGAGCCGUCUCGUGACGUCAUUGCUGAUGGCUUCGUGGAGCCACAUCUGUGAGCUGGAUGCUGGGCCGAGACGACGUUUAAGCAUUUCCCAAUUUAAUCAGUGCGUUUGGCAGGGACCGGCAGUGUAAUAUUUAUAGGUAUUUGCUGCUCCCGCGGUCGCGCCUGCGUUAAUAGGCCCAGGCGGCCUCGCCUAUGCUACAGUAGGUGGGCUAACUCAUGAAAUGUCAACCGAAAUUCCGAAAUGCGUUUUCGUUUCGAAAAGAUUAAUUAAGUAGGGUUGUAAAACAAGUCAGUCUGCAAGAUAAUUUUACAAUAUUUCAGUUACGUCAGGAUGCCGGCUUUCGAAUUAACUUCCUUUCGGCUGCAUGUAAAAACAACACUGUGAAAAAUGACUACUUAAGUAGCAUGCAUUUUUCUCAUUGAUUUUCGAUGCCCCUAAAAGUCCAAUUAUGUUUCAAGGAAAACAUGCAUAAAAAUAUUCAUUCUUUUGCUCAUUCGGUAGACAAUUACGUCUUCUUCUAAUUUUCUACUGAAGAAGAAAUAAAAUUAGGUUUUUAAAAAGUUUCUAAUUGUGGGACUUUUAAAUACCGUGAAAUGGCCGUUCAUAAAUCGCCAUGUCUCUGCAUUUACCAAUGUGGCUUGUAAAGUUAGCAAUAUGAAUCAAAUCUAGUGCUAAAUUUUAUGAACCCUAUAUGGUCCCCCGUUAUUACCGUAGAGGAAUGUGUGGUUUUCGUACGCGGAAAAUAUACGGCUUGUAGUUUGGAAACCCUGAAUCCAAGUGUAACGGUAGAGCGGUUUCAAAAUUACUUGGGAAUCGGAAAAGUUUUUGAAAACCAAAUUAUACCCUUCCUUCAGUUAUAAGAUUAGAGAUUAGAAUAAAAAGUAAUUUUCUACCGAAUGAGCAAAAGAAUGAAUAUUUUUGUGCAUGUUUUCCAUAAGGUAUAAUUGAAAGUUUAGGGGCAUCGAAAAUCAAUGAGAAAAAUUCAUGCUACUUAAGUAGUCGUUUUUUACAGAGUGUAGUUUUUGCAUGCAGCCGGAAGGAGGUUCAUUCGAAAGCCGGUAUCCCUAGGUAACUGAAAUAUUAUAAAAUUAUUUUGCAGGCGGACUAGUUUUAUAUCCGUACUUAAUUAAUCUUUUCGAAAAGAAAACGCAUGUCGGAAUUUCAGUAGACAUUUCAUGAUGUAGCCCACCUACUGUAUAUCUUCCAGCAUGGCAGCUGCUGACGGCGCGUCCGUGUCAGGGUGUCCCCCCUCAAUCCGAAGUCAUUCAUCGUCAAUCAAACCGCAUCGACGUGUCUGGAGUUGACCAUACAGCUGCGACGUGCCCCCCCCCCCCGGACUACUACACGCCUUACGCCCCCUAGUGCAACGCGACAGUUUGGCCGUCGUGUCAGACCAUGUUCACUGUGUGUCCCACAGCAUUGUUGGCGCAGGGAUUCGAACUUGGGCGAAGUUUCGGGAAUUAGUUCGCGGACUACCGGGGACGAAGAUGAACACACACGCACGGCAGAUACUCUCAUCUGAUGUAACCCGCCGGUCAGGGCCGCUUACGGGGAGUGUGGCCGCCGCGCUGAGCAAGGCUUCGCGGAGCCACAGAUGAGUGCUGGCGCCGGGAUGGUGCGGAGCAGAAGUGUCUACCGGAUCCAUCGAUGUGUCCUGCAGCCACUGUCAGUGUACUGUUUAUAGGUAACUGUUACAGUUCUGUGCGUGCCUGUACUACUAGGCCCAGUGGGCGUCGUCUAUGCUGCAUCCAUAUCCGGGCAUGGUAAUUUCAGGCAGUACAGCUGAAACGUGGACACUCGACCGCGACACCCUGUACACCAUCCCUUUAAGUACAGCACAUAAAUGAAACUUGACUCCCUGCAAAACGAAAGCAAAAAAGGAACCUGUGCAUCUCUUAAAUAAAAUAAGACAUAAUUAAAACGGACAUCGAAAUCCAAUGGAUAAUAUCCCCGUCAUAUACGUAUGUAGUCCUCUUUGUCAGUGGGAUUUCUACGGUUCGCUGAGAAGAUGCUUGUUUGAAAGUUACCUUCCCAGAGUUUGUGAACUAUGUUUAGAUUACGGUGCAGGGUAAUAGGUAAUUUAAUUUGGCCUGAGUAAUCCUUUCUAAUCCACGUCAUCCUUGUGAAUCUCACUCAGUGUUUCGGGAGUUUUGCUGCCUCCUGUACUUCUUAGAGGAGUGCCCAGACGUCUUAAACUUUGAUCAGUAAGGACGCAGUAUAGGACCCCACUCGGGGAACAAAAACCAGGUCAUCGUGGCAUAUUGCGUCCCCGCCUUCUUUUACACUUGACGCUUCCGCGCUCUCGUAACUAGAUAGAAUGUAAUCUACUUCUUUCGUGAAAACAAACUAGAAGAACUGCGAAAAAUGCUCAACUUUUCUCAUACUGUCAGAUAUCUCGGUACCCGUACCAUGUCUCGGGGCUCGGGUUCCUAGUACGUGUGUUUUUUCGCAAGUAGUUGUGAAUAAAUUUGGUGCAAGGACGCAAUGUGCCACCUCAACACUUAUCCGAAUGUUUACUUACUAUCGCGCUAUUCUCUCCGCCGUUUAGCCCUCCCCCCCAUAAACCCGUAUUACACGAUGACCUGGUUUUUGUUCUCUGAGUGGGAUCGCAUACUGCGUCCAUUCCCUAAUUUCACAUCAAAUACAUAAACAGCAGUCGCUUCCACGCACUUCCCUCAAUCGUUACUUGUACUAUGCAACGACAUGUGGCAACCGAAGAGCCUUCGGGAUCUUCUGCACGCCCGCUCGACACCGUUUGGAGAUCGAUUUUGCCACGUGUCAUCAAACUAGAUGGUCAUAUCUCCUAAAUCUCAAGAAACGGAUUAGAUUCAGAUGGUUUACUUUAUACCAAUGGUAAAAGCUCUCGCGCGCGCAUUCGCAAUAAAGUAAUGCCUCCCGUUAAACUGACUUCUACUGCUCUUAUUUCAGGAGGAGCUGAAAGCCAAAGACGAGAUUAUUGCCGAAUUACAGAUGAACGCUCAAAAGCACGAGGAGAUCUUAAGGAGACUUGGCUAUUCGCUUGCGGAGGGUGCAGGUGGUGGUGAAGAGAGGACUCCAGUCAGUACCUCACCUCCAGACGAUUCGCUUGUUAGAGAGGUGAGCUCCUCGACCUGACUGCAUGAUCCCUACACUGACAAUGAUAGCGAUGUUAUCAAUAUUUGCAAAAUGCCACUAGUUUAACGACAACUUGAAUUUCCUUUUUUCCAUCUUCGGUGCUGCUGUGCUAUACGCUGGGAUGGAAUCUUACCAACUGCAGGCGAGCAUGCUCAAGGAGGCAGAAGUUACUUCGGAAUAUGUGCUUAAUCGCCUAGAGGAACGUGAGCCGCGGAAGCAACUGGAAGCCGCAUCAAUGUCACUGGCGUCCAUUGGCUCGCAGACCGACUUCGAUAUGGUACAGACUGAAGCACUGGUUGCGGCCUCAGAAAAGCUCCUUUCUGGAGGCGUUGUUCUCAGCGCUAAAGCAAUGGAAGAUAUUGUUAAAGAGUUGGAAACUUGUUACCUGGUGGUGAAAGUUGAGGGAGAAGGGAGCUCUGCCUCCACUUCAGCGCCAUCUGCGAAUAGCAUUCGUUCAGAAGAGGAUAUACUCGCGGCCAUCACAAAUUUGAGGCAGAAAAUCAUGGCCUGGAAGUGAGUUUUAUGCGUAAUUCCUGCCAUUCAGUUCUAUGUCCCAGUCUCCCUCAUCACAAACUGCCAGACGUAUGCAGUAGUGACUUUUGUACAAAGUAAUCUGCGCACUGAUUUCUCCUUUUAUUGGAAACUAGUUCUUCGUAUUAACAGGGAUAAGGUGGAAAAAUGCGGAUGGGUACAAUCUGAUAAGGAAGGUCAUUGAAGUGCGAAUACUAUCGUGGGUUAAGCCGUCAUAUCCAAGCACUGAGAUUAGUCCUAUUUUAGUAAGGUGUGAUUAUGUAGCCCCACCUGAUGGACACACUACUGUUAGGGCUAAAGGUUGUGGUUCAGGGUUAGGGCUAAGGUUAGGGCAGCUAUUUCUCAACCACUCAAAGUGCAACCGCGUAUUCCCAAUAGCUUUGCUUUUGCAUGCAACUACCUGACCUCGUCGCCUGUGCGUUCCCCGGCCCCACCUGUAAAAACCCUAAUUACCACCGGUCCCGUAUUACAGGUGGCUGGAGUUUGUUUACUGCAGGUAGGGCUGCAUAAUCACAUCUGACCCCUGUUUCUGUUAAAUACGUCAUCCAGUGUUUUUUAAAUGACUUUUUUGAUGGGCUAUUCUCCAAUAUGCAACUUGUUUCACUAGUCCUAAGCAUGUGUAACAUUAUAAAACGUUAUCCUUAGUUUGCGUGUACAUGACAAUACUUUACGCUCAUGCCAAUUAAAAAGUGGACCGGAAAAUUUUGUUUUAAAGUUUCUGUUGAGGUGUACGAAUGCAAAAAUUCAAGGUAAUAAGCGAUGAGAAGUAAUUUUAAUGGGUUGUCAGAUAUGCCCACUAUAGUUGGCUUCCGUGUUUCUGAGUCUGCUCUUUAAGCUUGUAAAAUGAGGGCAUGUGAGAAUAUUUCAUUCUUAGAAUGUUCACAUGAGUGUUUGAAACUUGAAUGUUGCUUGGACAUCAAUGCAUGCACGUUUUGUUACGCAGUGUUUUUUUGAAUUUGGCAUCACUAGAGUGCAGCGCGCACGUUCCUUAACGCUUGAAUUUAAAAACUAGUUUUGUUCGUGAACCAUUUGCGCCUAUUAAGUUUUCUUGCCUGUUUUUCAUCACGUUACAAAAUUCGUAAUUGUCAAACUCUGUCCCCUCUGUUUCCGAAGUUGGUUUUAUACUCGAAAAGAUCACGUAAUUAGUAUUUUAACAUUAAUUAGCGUGCAGCAUUAUACCAAAAUACUCCAGUUACGUCGGGAUGCCGGCUUGUGGACGAGUUUUCUUCUGGCCAGCUGCAAACUCUGCAUUCUGUAAAAGACGAUCACUUACGUAGUAUGAAUUUUCCCAUCGCUCCUAUAGAUGCAAAUACAUUUUAAAGAAAGCAGACAAUACAUUCGUUCUUGUACUCAUUUAGUAGCAAAUUAAGUCUUUUACAAAUUUUAUCAUUGAAGAAAGGGUGUCUUUCGGUUUUAAGAAAUUUCUUAUAGUGCUGAAUCGCAUCAUCGUAUUUAUUAAUGCUGCCUAAGAAGUGAACAACGCGGUCAGCAUCUACCACAAAGUUCAAAAAUCUUUAUAUGAUGUCUUCGUAAUAGCGUGUCGAAAUGAAUGACUCUCCUUACAGAGAAAGUAUACAGCCUCUAAUUUUGAAACUUUGAAUGCAAGUAUGACGGCAUUUCAGGUUUUAAACGAAUCGGGCAUUGGAAGGGCUUUUAAAACCCGAAGGAUACUUUCCAGGUGAAAAAUUUGAAGAAGACGUGAUUUGCUACCAAACGAGUACAGGAAAGGAUUUUUUAUGUCUGUCUUGAAAAUGUAUUUGAAUUUAUAAGGAUGUGAAAAAUCAAUGGGAAGAGUACAUCCCACAUAAGUAGGCAUCUUUUGCAGAGGUCAGACUUUGCAGGCGGCCAGAAAUAAAGUCGCUCAAAUGCCGGCAUCCUGAUGUGACCGAAAUAUCUUUUGAGAUUAUGCUUCACGACUAUUAAUAUUGAAAUCCCACUUAAGCAAUAUUUUCGAAUCGCAAACAAAUUUUGGAGUCUUGGUCAACAUUACAUGAGAUUGCACGUCCAGUUGACUUGGUUCACGGAGGUUUGGGUUUAACUGGUAACUAUUUAUGAACUUAUUUUCCAUAUAUAGCGCUUCGAAAGGACUGGAAACAGGAACUGGACCGGUAAGUUGAUCUCGUUUCUGUUGUAAUGCUUGUUAUCGGCCGCUGCACGUCUUCCUUUCUUUAUGCUGAUUUAUUAUUACUUUGAAAAGCAUAAAAUGUGGAUUUUUGUCAGCCUGGAAAAUUUUUCCUCCACUCCAGACAACUGUAUAUUUCCCUACCUGGAGACGUUAAAUUUGAAAAGGUUCUUUGAAGUUACUGAAGAUUUGGUUUAAAUUUGUUUCCUGGGCAUUUUGCUUCGGUGGCCAUUUAAAUGUUUCCAGUUCGCUCCAGCUUUGGAUACUAUUGCGUGUGUUUACUCGGAUUUGUAUAUAUCUGUAACCGGUUUUAUUUAUCAUGCACUUGGUCAACACACAAUUUAACAACUGUAUUAGUGAGUUUUUUUCAAUUCACUCAUCAUAUGAUAGUCAGCUUUAUGGCGGAGAGAAACCUACAGAUGUUCAAUAUUAAAAAGAGCGUCUCAGUGACUUUUAAUACCUUAGUGCAUAUCUUUUACUGAGGGAUGGGUCUGAACUUCGUUUUCAUAAUGGAAAAAUGCCACCUGAGCCGAUCGCGACAUCUGUUUCAGAAAUGAGAGGGUUAAGUUGGCGUGCGUAGUCUACGCAUACGAACAGACUUCCUAUUGCAAAUGACAGUUAAAUCUCCACAUGGCGUCAACAUUUGCUGAGGAAAAAAACAUUUCUAGAAGGUUUGCCAUACCGUUUCAUCCCAUUUAGGCAAAGUCCGACCCAUUUACCACCAGUAGCUUUAGCGGGGGAAGUUGUUGCAGUGUCCAUGUAUUGAACCCCAGAGUAGAUUAGGAGCCAAUGUCUACUAAGUCGAAUCGAGCCAGAUUGGACCAAAACCAGUUGAGGAUCUACCUGCAGUAAGUGACAGUUCGGCCGCCAUUGUUGACAAAUUCCACCAUGUGUCCCACACCAUUACGGAAACAAGGACGGUGAAUUCGUUUAUGGUGAUAGUAGACUUGCGCAGCAUCUACUGUACUCUCACCUUUCCCACCUGGGCCCAGCAUCAUGACAGAAUCAAGAAUAUCGGAGACGGGAAAGGACUUAGGUGGCUGACACGGCGAAAACCCGCACAUAAGCGCGUGCCACCACACCGUCUCGCACCCCAAUGAGUGUGAGUUCCGUAGAGGCCACAUUAAGAAGGAGUCAUUGCAGCCUGACUCUCAGUCCACCAGACCGCCACCCCCACACAAAGACACACUGGACUGACUGUGAGGUCCGAGUUAUCUCGUCAGUCGUCAGCCUUCCAAGCUAUGGCUUUUAAGGCACCGUGACAGAUUCGAGCGCGUCAGAUUGCUUAUAGUGAUGAGGAUGUGCGUUGAGACCGUUGCUCUCACUUUCUGCCCAUUUCCAGACACCAGUCCGCGGUCAGAUGUCUGAUGCGGAGAAUAGGUAAAGUGGCUGACAGAGGUAGAGAGCCUGGAGUAAGUACAAUAGCAGACACACCGAGUGUUUUGUUUUUUUUUCGGUAAUGAAAUUACCGGAAACUGAUUUAGACGAGACAGUAGUUUUAAUAAGGAGAAAGUUACGGCCAUGUUCAGCCGUAGAACCUAACUCCGACCGAUCAAGACGAAAUUAACCAGGCAUUUGUGGUCUGCACCGAUUGCACACAAUAGAGAAGGCUUCAAGUGUACAGGCAAAAAUCGUCCAGAUCAGUUUAGGUUGAUAAACAAAACGGGAGAGUUGUUGCAAUUGGCUCUCCGACACCAGAGAGAGGGGCAUUGUCUCGGUACAGUCCCUAAGAGUGCUAGGAGCCGGUUCCAGCGUUACUUGAUGCUGGGCGGGAAACAAACCGAUUUGGCCUCGCCCCAAAAAAUUUAUCACGGAAUGGAGUGAUAACUGUCCAGCAAGUCUGCAUAAAACACCAUUAACAGGGAGACUGACAGGAAAUAGCCAUUACCGAUAUGAAUUCAAAAACGGCGCCUACGCCAAAAUCAGCGGUUCAAAAACUCACAACAACCUGUUUUCAUUUCUCGAUAUUUUAAUUACCCUUCAAUUCAAAUGAAGAUAUUUUUGUGCUGACGCAACUGAACUGAAGUCUCUACCAAAAGUCUAAGCACAGUCAGCGAGCCGAAGUAGCCCAUCUGUCUUUACUCCUGAAUUUCCUGUACUUCAUCCAGGAUCCCGCGAAGUGGACUGAACUAGAGACAGCUCGAUCACGUGAUUCUCUGGCGGGACAGGCCGACGUAGCAUCUUCUGGGGUGUCAGAACCGACCAAAACGUCAAAGCCGCAGCAUCGAAAACCUCCAACAGGGGAUGAAUUAGAACGACUAAGACUGAGGGCUGGCGGCAAAGAGAGUAAUCAUCCCUCAGUACAGGGGCCUGAAAUCGGCUUGCUAUCGACACAAAUUCGCAAUCUGAUUUUAAAGUAGACAAUAUCGCAACACAGUCAAUUGAAAGUGACGUCUUUAUGCAGUGAUGUAAUGCUAUUGGUGAAAAUGCAACCUUUAGGCACGUCAGCUGCGACUGCGCUUCUCCUUGAGUAUCAUCCCUUAAUUGGUCAGAAUGUCAGACAAAUGACUGGAUGAGUGAAUUUAACGGCGAAUUCAGAUCAGAAGUCAGAUGACCUGGUAAAGUUGAUUGACCACCUGAACCCUUUUCAGAUAGAAAACGAGCAAUUUUUUAGCAUUGUGGACAUGUAAAUCAGGCUUUAGCAUAUUUUUUCUGCUUCGGCAAAGCUAGUAAAUGCUUCCGCCUUUUUCAGAUUUUAUAUUUUGUUGUCAAGUCUGCAAGAAUUUUUCUGAGAAGCCAAUUCAAUCAGCAUAACGCUCUUAGGUCUCCGGGUUCUUCAAAGACCUAUAUCAUGUCGAAUGGGGUAAGCAGAAAGUAAGGAGUUGAAGAGAAGUCGACAAUACUUUUUGGAAGGCCUUUGAACGCCUAUAUACGUCUCCAGAACAUUUGACGAAGUAGCUUGCGCCCACGAAAGCUCCAGUACCGACUAUUGUAUUGUCGGUAUCUUAACAAAAUGUCGUCUGGGAGCUUUUUGCAUGGAUUACAUCAAGGCUACAACUAUCAUUUCCUAAGUCGCUGCCUCGACGUCACUCGUCUCAAUGCUUGAGAAAUCACCGCCUCGAGAUCCACGACGAAUGCGGAUUGGGAUCCCAGCCCUGGUGUCGGAGUUUCUGCUUCUUUCUGUGUCCUGCCUUGCCUACAGGCUAACAGUGGCGAACGAUGUCAAGGAUAUUAGAAAGUCUAGGCACUUGCUAUGCAAGUUUCUGCCGCAUUUUAUUAAACGCGAUGAUUGGGGUGUUUGACUUCGACCAUCAGGCAUUCACACAGGAGUACUUACGGUUAAUUAAGGUAGUUACGUGCAUGUAGACGCUGGCCCACCUUCCAGAACGGGCUGUGCCGUUUUUAGGUCUAUUAUAGUUAUGAAGGUCUGACAGGAAGUAAGUGAGCCUUCGACCCCUGUUGAACUGUAAAAGGCUUUCGCCCUGAAAUGGUGAUUAUGUUUAACUUUCCACGUCUACCGACUGCCCAAGCUACCGGAACGUGUGAAAGCCCUAUGUACUGGACUCUUCAGCCUUGGCACUAAUAUGAGUCCCACCCGUGCGGUCGUCCUAAUUUCGCACUUUCUGAGAAUUCCUCUUAAAUUCCCGAGUGUCACGCAUUUCAAAACCCCGUUGACGAGCUUCUGGAGGGCUCCAACUUGUGAGGACGUCACACGUAAUUGUCUCUGUGUUCAGAGGUUGACUCAUGGCCUUUAGAAUCAACUCUCUUACGUUGCCUGCUCCUUCAGCGACGAGGACUGUUCCUGCAUGUGAGUCUAUCAUUCUCUCUGGAAGAGAACGCUUACGCUCUUGGGCUCCUGUCCAUUGUCGCGGCAGAUGACGGCGUGCUGUUGACAAAUUUGAACCAUGAUGUACGGGAGUGGAGGGAAAAAGUUGGAUUGGGGAGUGGUCGAUGCGCUCGACCAGCCCAACUUGGUGGCGACGUGAGCUCCCUGUCACGUGAUUAGGAUUUUCCCGGUGGGAGGUUUUCGGUGUGUUCUUUGGCUCGGUGGAGUUAACUUUUGGUAACGGCAGUGUUUUCGUUAUUCUCGGUUUUCUGGUUCAUUCUUGGUUUAUUUUUCUCUUAAGGUGUUGGAUUGCAUUUGUUUUAGCAGCGACCAUUCCGUUCUUACGCCUCAAAUAUCCUGUUCCUCGUAGGUUGAUGAAACCAACGCGCAGGCCUCAGCAAAACUCCAACAACGAGUGGGAACCGUUUCCUUCGAAAAUUCUCGGUAGGUCAGACCAGUUUGUCAUCGGUAUUGGAUGAAGUGUAGUCUCGGCCAUUGUCAAAGGUAAUCUGCACUUGUGCCCCCCACCCUGGCCUGCAGAUUAUCCAGGAUAUAGUCACUUCGACCGUUGCCAACGAAGAUGUCCACUGUGUGCCCUACAGAGUGGAUGUAACACAGGUGAUACACACUUGCAUUAAUCUAAAGUGAACUGACAGAGCUAGACAGUCGUCUACGCGUGCAACGCACGUCUGGUCCGCAAACGUUGGGCCAGGUUUCCAAACACGAGGGAGGUUGCUCGAAUUUCUACGGAAUUGGAGUGUCAUAGCGGUCGCAUUAAGAUGGAGCUAUUGCAGCCUGGCUAUGCGUUCCGAGGGGACCGGGUUACCUUGUCAGUUGACAGCCUUCGAAGCAACGGCCAUUAACGCACCAUCAUAGUUUAAAAGCGUAUCAUAUUGUUUAUAGUCAGCAGUAUGCGCUGAGAGUCAACCUCAAUCGCUCUCCCGGACACCAUUCCACUGUCUUAGUCAGUCAAUCAGCUAAUACAGGGCUUAGACGCUAGUGGCUGACAGAGCUGAAUAACCUGUCUACGCGCCCCACACACAAGCUGGCCAGGCACCGGGUUGCGCCGAAGGGCAUGCACCCCAUUGACACGAGAGGUGCAUGUUCUUUGCGCCUCGUAGUUGGUGUGAGCAAGUUUGUGCGGCCCAUGGGCUGUUAGAGUCAGGUGUGUUUUUAUGGGUCUUGAACCGUGGUGCUUUACCGCAGAUUUUCAUGGAGGUGUCGCGUCGUUCGCCACAGAAGAGGAUGUAGCCGACACCCACGCCUCCAGCUGACCCUGUCCAGAGAAUCGGGUCUUGCUAGGAACAACGAUGUCCACAUUUGGCGCGCCAGUUAUCGAGCCACUAACACCGCUCUUCUUUUCGGCCAGUUUACACGUGAAUUUUCUAAAAGAGAACGAACAUUCUAUGCUGCCAGAGCGUGCAGUCACCCCAAGAGCCUGUUGGGCGGGAGGGAGGUGAUGGGGACGGAAGUUAUCGUUGUUUUUUCGGUUGUUUCGAGUGCGAGUUUUUCAUCUACGGCCCGCGGUCAGCUUGCUGGUAGAUUUAUUUCCCAAUGUUUGUUUAGGACGCCUUUUCUAGCCCUUUCCCCUGCCCCACGAGGAGGUAAGCCCUGUCAUCCUCAAAUGGGGCCAAUCAGACAUUUCGGGUGGCUGCCGAACACUAUGAGUCACGGCUUUGUUUAGUGUAGGGUGACUCAAAUUAGCCUGGGCUGCCCACGAAAUUGCAUGUUGCCCUCUCCGUAGGGCAUUUCGCCGGGAAGAAUGGGAAGGAGACCAUAAUUACCGGACGUGGGGGAACACACACGACAACGCAUAUCCUCAUUUGGUUUAGUCCGUCAUUCAAAGCGGUUACCGAAGUGCGACCGCUAGUAGCCUAACUUCAUGGAGUUACAGUUGAGAUUUGGGUGCCAGCUAAGGACCGUGCGUAGCGGUCACCAUUUGCAUGGUGCAACCUACCACUCGUGCACGAGGCCUGUGAUGCGGCCUACUGUUUUCGAUGCCCUAUUCACUUCAGGCAUACUUCAUGGAAGAUUUGCGUAGACGUAUUCUUUCUUUUAUCCAUGUAGUGACAUAGUAUGUUCUCUUCACAUCUUAUACCCGAUGAAGUGGCAUCCUUCGGUUUUAAAAGCGUUUUAAGACCGUGAAAUGUCCAGUCAUACAGCAUCACAUCAGCAAGUUUAUUAAUGCUGCUUAUAAAGUAAAGAACAUGUUCCACAUCUAGUACAAGGUUUUAUGAGCCCCAGAUGACAUCUUCCGAAUAGUAUAUAAGAAUGUAUGAUCUUCCUUACACGGAGCGUAUACAGGUCGCAUUUUGGAAACCAUGAAUGCAAGUCUAGCGGCAGUUCAGAUCCAGGAUUACUCGGACAUAGAAAAAAGCCCAUACAGAACUGAAUGAUAUUCUUUCUUCACGUAUAAGGUUUGGAGAAGACGUGACUCACUACCAAAUAAAUACAAGAAAGAAUAUUCUGUGUCUUUAAGAUGUAUUUGAAUUUUCAAGAGCAUCGAAAAUCAGUGGAAAACGCAAUCCACUUAAGUAGUCAUUUUCACAGAGGCAGUUUAUUCAGCCGACCGAAAGGAGGCUUGUUCGAAAGCCGGCAUCCUGACGCGACGGAAAUGUUUUGGAAUUAGGCUGCACGGUAAUUAAUGCCCCAGCCCUACCCAAGUAAUCUUUUCGAACCGAAAUUACAUUUCUGAAUUCCCACACGUCUACUGUGCUUCCCCUACACUUCACCCAAUUUAUUAUUUAGUAAAUCAAAGGUAUUUUUAUUUUCUGCAUGAGGUUCCUGCUUUAGGUUCUGAACUAGUCGAAUGUUAAUAUUUCAUGAGGCUGAUUAGAGAGCCCAUCGUCCAAUAAAUAUUUCGUACGGCCAAAUUAGAUUCCCGGGACUACGGCUAGUGGGACAUUAGAAAAGCACUUGCAGGCCAAUCUCAGGCUGCGCUGAAUUUAAAGCUAUCUAAUUUACUCCUUCGGGGCGUUGCAUAUGCCUAUAAAAGUGAAAAAAAAACAAUUAGAACACCAAGCAUAACAAAUAUAAACCUCAAUAAUGUCACGGAAACAAAAAUCUAACAUUUAGCCUUUUGUGCUUUGUCAGUGCGUUUCAUCACGCAGAGAAAUAUUUUCUGAAAAUCAUGCAGUUUAUGUAUGCAGUGCUAAUUCUUAGAAAUUAGUUCGUUAUUCGCUUCAGGAAGCACGCAGGUGCCGUAUUUCCCUGUAAUUCUUCAACUACCUUCUCUCAAUGUCGCGUUUGUGCCGAAUAUGCUCUCAUUAAAGUACUUCGCACGCUCUUAACACUGGAGGUUUUUGCAAAAUAACUGCAGCAUCUCUAUCUUAAGUUCAUCAGAAAACGCCUUCAGUGAAGAACAUACCAAACCCCUUAAGUUCAUCUGAUAAAUAAUUAAUGUAUUCACUGGUUACUCCCCGAGAAACAAAGGAGAGCCCGAAGAAAGUAGAAAAUCUGUACUCAGACUAACAAAGUUGAGACGUUCAGGGUGAUACUUUGAGAAGCAGGAAGGCCUACCGGAAGUGAUUUAUUGCACUGCAAACUUCUAGGAGUGGUUCCUCACUGUCAAAGUACACAAUUUGUGACAUUAAGCUUAACCUUGUUGCAGAGCAAUGUCACCGCUCCCCACUACUAACAACCUACGUUUUUUCUGUUUCAUCUCACAGGCUACUGAGUUCCCUGCUGGCCAAUGGUUUACACGAAGGCGUAAACGGUAAGUAUCACACUUUUGGAGUACUGCACCAUUUCAGUACUAAGUUUUGAGCAAACGGUCUGCAUGGACUCGGUUACUAGGUUGGGUAGGCCCUUUUUGUUGCGCAAAUUUAAAUGCUCGCGAUAACGCAGAGAAAGUAGCCCCCUUGAUUUAUUCACUAAAAUUUUCCCGCUUCUUUACUCUUUUCUCGCUUGAAACCACUACUGGCAAGGGCACGACUGAGUGGAAAUGAUAUUUCGGUCUUGACUGUAACUGUUAGUCACUGACACAACCGUGGACGUCUAAGACACGAAAUUUGAAUCUGUCAUUCUGUCAGGCGUCUUAUUAGUCGAAUCGCAGGCGUACGAUCUGCCAGCAGUGGUCAGAAUAUUCCAGAUGACACAACAAGAUGACACGUCAGGGCUUCUAUCUCAUCUCAUUUGCAUGACCUCGAUGAAACCCCAGGACGAGCACACUGUCGUCAUUUACGCAGAGACGGUGGUCGAUGUUCUUUUCUUCAAGAACCCCGGACUUGUAUUUUUCUCCUUAUAAAUGUUUGGUCUCUCCGUCUUCUUCUACACGAACGUGGUCUAAAACCCGUCAUUAGAGUACUCAGUGAGACCAAGCCGACAUGCGCUCCACGGAGAGUAAAAUCUCCGAGAUUUUAAUUGCACUUUCGCUUCAGUUACUGGCAUCGAUUUUAUGAAAUUCGCACGAUCAUGGCGGCCCAAAGCGACUACUAAUUGUAACGUUUAACCUCCAAAGGAAGUACUGUUAAAUGAGACCGCCCAAAAUAUUAAUGGAGGGAAUUUCGUGAAUAUUGUGUGCCGGAGGAAUUCAUAAAGAUAUUCAGGACGAGUGCCGGCAGACAUCGGAUAUAACUAAACGUGGAGAAACCCAUUUGACUAGCACACGCCAGGAUCCGCAACAUUACUCGUUUGCAUUUGCGUUAAGUUUUUAUGUACAAAAUGGGUUCAACGCGACAUGCAGACUCCAGAUACCCUCGCCGCUGGCUAUGGAAUCUAGUUAUCUGGCUUGCCGGUCGCACGACACCCGUCUGAGGACUCCUGUCUUUCCAAGUUGAGUGCAAUCUUUGCUUCAGAGAUGGUUCUUAACGGGUAGAAAACAAAUGGAGGGUUAGGCGCACGCCGUUUACUUUAUACUCCUUCACAGAAACCCACAAGGUGCAGACUCUCGCAACCCUGAAGUCAACAAAGUAGACGACCGUCUUUUGCUCGUCAUUCAUCGUCCAAAGCCAGGCAGGCCUUUGGCCUGCUAAGGCACUCCGUCCGGGACCGUCGUGGAACCCUACUCAACAUAAAAUUAAGGAAGUACAGGACCGUUGUCCGGACAGCGUUCUUGUACGAGGCGGAGACAUGGAGUGUUUAUAAAGGCCUAAUAAGAAGACUCAGCCAUUUCAUAUCAGCCGCCUCCGAAGAAAACUAAAAAUAAAGUGCCAGGAAGGGUUCCUAUAAUACUCAUCUCCCUUACGGAACUGACGUUCUUAGUACCCACACCAUGAUAAAAUAUAUACAACUACGAUGAGGCGGCCAUGUCGUGAGGACGGACGAUGAGCGCCUGUCCAAGCGGUUAUUCCAUUGCGACGUAGCUAAGGGAGGUCGCAAGUAAGGUGGACAAAAGUGUCGCUACAAGGAUACCUCCAUGACCUCACUUAAGCAUCUACAGAUCAAAUCCGGAGACCUGGAUGGGCCUCGCUUAAGAGCAACAGGCAUUCGUAAAAACUGGAGCCGCCAUCUUAGAACCCGGCCGAAUAGACGCUGCCAAGGCAACGAGGAACAUCUGUAAGGCUCUAGUGCUACGGACCAUUGAGACCGGCACCAAGCCUCUUGCCAUCGUGUUUGCACGGGCUACGGGCGUUGUGGGCACAGAUCGGCCUCUUUGAACAUCUGUGGACCCAGUACAAUGUCAAUACGACCAGCCCGCCUUUCAUCUCACAAACAACCAUCACAAGCACCACCAGUGAUAACCCUCCUACCAACCUGGAAAACAUUACCGUCAGUGCCUCUACCACCAGCACUGUGGACUUAAUUUCAACUUGUCACCAUUGCAAUUAAACUGUCUCAUCAUGCAUAGGCUUAAUUGAUCAUAAGCUAAUCCGCGGCACAGCGACCCAGCCAAACAGUUCACGAAACUCCGACAUAAACUCGUCGCAUAGUUCUCCUCUGCCUGCAGUGUCCCAGGACAUUCAGACACCGCAUGGCUCCAAUUGACUAUAUGGGUAUCCAUAUCGGCAGGAUUCAUCACAAUAUAUCAUGACAUAUCUUUCGUGUAAGGAGAAACGUAUAUUCCAUUAUGCCAUUAAGAAAGUGCCAUGUGAAACUCCUAAAGUGUUACAACGAAUGCGGACUAUGUUGCAUAAUUGCUGAGGAGCAUUGCUAAACAGUCAAAUACGAGGCUAUUCGAAUGGACAUUGUAUGGUCUCAAAAAAUCUCAUAAUUAGCAACCUUUUAAAUACCGAAAGGUACCCGGCCUUCAAUUACGAAAUUUGGAUAGGACGUGAUUUGCUACCAAACGGGUGCAAGGAAUAAUAUUUUCGGGCAUGUUUUCUGAAAAAUAGUUUCGAAUUUUUUAGGACGUCGGAGAUCGAUAGAGAAAAUGCAUACUACUAAACUAGUCCUUUUGACUGUGAGCAGUAGCUGAAGACGGCGAAAAGAAGUGCAUUUAAACACCAACAUCCUGACAUGUCUGAGAUACUACAGCAUCGUAUGAAAAGAUAACCUGUAUUACAAUCCCGCUUAAGUAAUCGUUCCUAAUUGGAACCGCACCGGGUAACUGGUAAAGUCAUCUUUCCAGAUGGUGUGGACUAUAAUCUAAAAUUAUUUCAUGCACAGAUACCAUCUGGUAUCAAGAAGAACAUCGUUCCGCGUGCACAUACAAAACACACUGGGCCGAAGAUCACAGAUUAAAGAAGUUCUAUCAUUUAGUAACUUGCCACGCUAGCAUGUACUCAAUCAUAUGUCCUAAAUGUACGUGACGAGAACUUAUCUCAUUUGACUCAUGAAAAUUCCGGCGGUCUCGAUGAUAUUUAAAUCCACGACAACAAGGGGAAGGCCAACGCUCUAACAACUUGAGCUACGAGGCCCACCGGGAGCCGUGAGUUUAAUCCCAUUUUGGCUCAAGCCACCCGUCCAGCCUACUGCAAUGUAUGAGACGGCUACACUACGGGCUUAACUUCUGCUGACUAAGAUCACGAGUUUUCGGCAAAAUGGGAGAGACAUGCGCUAUGUUCUCCUCAGCACACAUAAAAAACAGGCAACUUUUCUUUUACCCAAAAUGCGUAUGCUUUCCCUGUUGGUAGUGAAAGGGGACAUUUUUUACUACUGUGGAGUAUCGAAGAUCCCAAUACAUAUGUAAUAUUAAUCUGCUGUCUUCGGUUAAUAAUCGACCCCGGCCUAAAUAUACCAGAACUGUUGCGCUUCAUGCGUGUAUAAGGCCUCCGCCUCCGGCAAAACCCCACGACAGGAAACAUGUGAUGACGGCUUGUAGAGGAGGGCACUGGCGCGCAUUCAGUCUCGAGGACAGCCAACCGCCGCUGUCCACAAACUCCGUAAUCGUUCAGUCUAUUCAUUAAGCUGACGAUGGCUCUUACAGGGUAAUUAUUCAUGUGCGUCUACAUCACCCAUGUGGAGCGAGAGACGCCCAGGCCCACGAGCGGUCGUGCAUCAGGUUCGCUGUCCGGGUUUCUGCAUUCUGGUGUCUUUCGUCGUCUUCAAAACGGAACUGGAUCUUGAUUGUUGCGGUGGCUGCAGUACACCCAUUACCUUAUCAACUACAGAACUACAUCGUCUUUCAGGCCUCCUCCUUACCUUUGACAAAGACUAUGCAUAUUACUAGUGAGGGACUGCGAACUAACGAAGGCGAAAACCUCGACGUCAUGUCAAGGUGGGAUGAAAGAACGCCCGAAUUCAACUGGCAGUUCUUCGCCGGCUGAUGGCGUGACUGGUCAAUCCACCGUCAGCUGUAUCAGUAAAGUUUAAAGUGUACUUGAUAAUCUGGCCAAUGCUCAAAAUUCCGAGGUUUGCUUUCAAAGAGUCCCUUCAGCUUUAGUCGCAACACCUCCCUAACCAGCCAUUCCUCUUUGCGUUACAGAGUUUGCUGGGCCAUAAAUUUUGACUUACUUUCAUCAGCUUGGAAUUUUUUCUAAAAACUGAGCAUUUCUAUCUUGCAGCUAAUACUUUCUGAUCUGUACACUAUACGUAUACAGUAUCCGAAGCCAAAAGAUGCCGACUUCCUACUGGUGAAGUAAAAAUCCUUUGGGGAAACGAAUUUGAUAAAUGUGAGGGGUUUUCUCGUUCUGACGCGAAAGCUAGCAGCGCAGCCAGUCUCCUGGUAGUUUUCUUUCAGCAGACUAGGGCCAAAAUAAAGAUAGUACAACUUGCACGCACACAGGAGUUUGCUGAAAACCCACACUCUGCACUCAAGAGAAAUACAUCAAAUCAAUUCCCACUAAGUCUACAUCAACUGCUUUUAUCGUAAAUUGUUUUGCUCCAACUACAAAUACUUUGACCGCCACAAAAACCAUACGCCGAGUACGUCGGCAUUUCCAAAGUACACAACUUUCCACCACCAUACGUGAUAUUGAUACCGGUGUGCACUCUGGUCAACCGUAUGUUCCCUGUUUGCGGGUGAUGAAUAAAUUUUGGAGCGCUAUAUUUGAAAUUAACCUAAAUUACUUUCUCUGAGAAUUCAAUCUUCCUGUCUUCCAAACCUCAAAUUCCGAGCUGGAAGCAGAAGUUUUGGGCAGGAGUACAAAGCAUAACCCACUUGAAUAAUACUCGAUACUUUUAACCAUCUGUUCUUUCUUCGGCAAGGAUUGAAUGUGUGAGCCCAAUGAGAAAAUAGAGCACCGGGGCCCCCGCAAUACGGGCAGGUUGCUAAUAUUAGUUUCAUCAGUAGGUCAGACGGACGCGGCAGUUGAGGGAAUAGGCGGAAAGCACUGAGAAAACUCGAAUUUCUGACAUGUGUUUGUUUUAUUAUUCCAACGAGUUGUCGGAACACACCGCGUACUUUUAAAAAUUGCGUAUUAGGGGGUGUGUGAAUGGACGAGAGACAGGUAACCAAGGGUGAUUGGUUAAAGAAGGCUGGAUUGGGUAAGACGACGGUAUGCGACAGGCCAAAUUUAUCUUAACCUUAAACCCUUCUCCAACUCUAAUCCUUAACCUAACCCUUACCUCAAACCUAACCUCGACCCUAGAUUUAAUCAUUUUCUUUAGUCAGCUACGUAAACCCGGUAUAGCAUGCCUACUAAAGUCAAAUAAGUUGUCAUGUUAUAGUAUUGAGAACACGGGCUUACAUAUUCAUUCAUUACACCUUUUCGUUUUGAUUGACGAUUUAGUUCAUUAAGCUCCGAAGCCAACCAAGAACUAACCACAGUUUUUUCUACUAGAGGCAGGACACCAGUUGACUUUAUAGUCAAAUUAAUGCCCUACCAUGCACACAUUUUCGUCAUUUUUAUUUAUUUCAGGCGACCAGCAGUCCGUGGUCAUGAAAGCUGCCCUCACAGCAACCGCUACCGUAGAACCCUUGACUCCGGAAUACUUCUGCCAACAGUUCACCCAACUGCAGAUAUCUAACGAGGCGGAAGCCCUCCGCGCCCAACUGGCCAUUUCGGAAAAACGGCGGAAUGACCUUGAAAAACGCCUAGCAGAAGCCACCUCCGAAGUGGCGCGUGCACAGGCUGAGAGCCGAGCUAACGAUGCUGCAUUGACGGCCUCGCGUAGAACCGAAGCGGCCCUACGACGCCGUCUCCUGGCCGCAAUGGACACCGGACUAGGAUCACGGGACCGUAGUAAUCGGCCCACCUCUACAGUGGAGUUCGGAUACCUCGAAGUCGGCAGCGAAUCCCCCUCAAAGGAAGAGCUUGAAUCCCGGGCUAAUGUACGUCCUUUGGGAAAACGGAUUUUCAAACUCUUGUUUUUUUCUGAUACAGCUUACGAACUUUCAUAUUAAUAGUCAGUAUUUGGGCCCGGUAUUCUGUCCAGUCUGAGGUGUGAAGAUAGAAAUCGGGUGCCGCCGGAACCCACAGUGUGAACAGGCGUGCAUCAGUUGGUCUAAGUCUUGUCAGUCUUGGCACCUCUCACGUAAGUGAUGAGUGUGCUUGUCGACUCCUUCUACAUGUUGCUCCUCUACUACAUGUGUGAUCCGAGCCUAUCAGGGUGCGCCAGGGUGCCGACUGACGCCUCAGCUUAAUUCACGUAGUCUGCCCAGUCGCGUGUGUUUGUGUGGAGUGGCGGACUGAUGGGCUGAGAGGCAUACUGCAACGGCUCCUUAACGUGAACUCCGGCACUCUCACGCAUGUGAGAUGUAUGCCGCUCACUCCCUGUUGUGCGAAAUCCUGGUGAUUGGGUUUGGCGGAGCAUUGGGGUCCCUGCCGACCCCAAAUGCUGUUGGUUAAAAUCCUGGGCAAGUGUUUUUUGUGGACCAGGGGGUACGUCUAGAUGCGGAUUGGGCCCUGGUCUCUCUCGCCUCCGGUCUUCUGAACUAUGUCUUGACACCGGGCUCAGGUGGAAGAGGAGAGAGUCCGGCAGAUGCAGCAUAAGUCAACUAUCAGUGUAAAAUAAAUCACGCGCAAUUCACCGUACCUGUUUUCACCUUGCUGUGGAACACACGGUGGACAUUGUCGGCAACGACGGUCGAACUAUCAAGUGGUGUCAGUCUACCUGGGGAGUAAUGAGUGCGUGGACCUCAAGGAUUGUAAGCGUCUGCUAUGCCAGGAUCAGCAAACUAUUGCCCUUGCAGCCUGGUGUACGUCGGCAGUUCCAUGACUCCCUGUUCCCUGCCGGUAGAUGCGCUUGCGCUCCCGCUGGUAUGCUGGUCGUGAACAUGGUUGCCCAGUUACUCCUCUUUCCGACCCUUUGUGGGGCUGUUGUUGGUCAGAAUCCUAGUCAAGUGCUUGUUGUGGGCCAGGGAGUGUGAUGGUACGCCUAGGUGCAGGUCCGGCCAUGCCAGCCACCUGCACCCCCCACCUCCGGUCUUCUUGACCAUGUAUUGAUGCCGGGCCCGGAUGGGGAGGACGGGAUUCGCUAGAUUCUGUGCAAGUUCACUCUCACUACAAAGUAAUUCACAUGCAAGUCCACAUGGUGAACAUCGUCAGACACGACAGUCGAACUGUCCACUAGUGCAUAUCAUUUAACAGUCUGCGCAAUUUGCGAAAGAGGCCAGUGUACACUUAAUUCAGGGGUUCUUCUGUUUCAUUCUCGGUAAGUUAGAAGGAUAGUGUGCCCCCUCUACGCUAUGCUUCGCAAAGCAUGACCAUUACGGCCUUUUGUGGGCUAGAAGUCCAUGGGCGCCUGGUUCACUCUCAGUAAACAUUCUUGCAUUCCAUCCGUGUCUCCAGGUCGUGUGUUUGGUUGCUUGUGAUACUUGUCUGGUUUUGGGCCAGGGGUUGGCUCCUGAUUGUAACAUAUGGAGGAAUUGUAGGCGUGCCCAUCUAAUCAUCCAGACUAUUCGAUCAGGUGCUCCUGCUUGUUUUACUAUACCGACAAUCGUGCACAUAUUGGGCAUGUCGUGCCUAGAUGUGUUCUGUUAAGAAUGUCUAUCCGUGCUUCUGUGUACACUUACUAGGCGUCCUAGUGACGGAUAUGUUGACCUUAUUGCUAACCGUCUCUACAACGUAUAUCUGCAGCCAUGCCCACUGUUGUGUGCGUAGUCGACUACUGCUCGCACAGUCUUUGAGAGAUUCGGGGCGGUAGAUCGGUGACUCCUGUUAAGUAUGUGCUGGCUGCUACUUCGUUUGCUAAUUCUCACAGCUUAUAUACACUUCUGCGAACUGUAUGGUUGAUCCAGCCAGCAGUUAUUCUUGCUUCAUGGAUAAGACCAUGCCUAUCUAGGGGAAUGCCUUCAUAUUAUGAACCUGCGAACGGCCUGUUAAAUCGUCUGGGGUUUAGGAUUAUUAGCGUUAAAUUGCCGUCUGUGCAUACUACCUGGUCAGCGAACCUGACGCACGGCCGCUCGUGCGCCUGUGCUUUCCUCGCUCUACAAGGGCGAUGUAGACACACAUGUGUAAGUAUCCUGUGAGAGCCAGCGUCAGCUUAGUGAAUUGAUUAAGCGAUUACGGAGUUUGUGGAUGGCGGCGGUUGGCUGUCCUCGAGACUGAAUGCGCGCCAGUUCCAUCCUCUACAAGCCGUCAUCACAUGUUUCCUGUCGUGGGGUUUUUGCCAGUGGCGGAAGCCUUAUACACGCAUGAAGCGCAACAGUUCUGGUAUAUUAUUGCCGAUGUCGAGAAUUAACCGAAGACAUUAGAUGAAUAUUACAUAUGUAUUGAGAUCUCCGGUACUCCACAGUAGUCAAAAAUGUUCCCUUCCACUACCUACAGGGAAAGCGUACGCAUUUUGGGUAAACUAGAAGUUGCCUGUUUUUUGUGUGUGCUGAGGAAAACAUGGCGCAUGUCCUUCCCAUGUUGUCGACAACUCGCGAUCUCGGUCGGCAGGAGUUUAGCCCGUAGUGCGGCGGUGGGGUCGCUGCCCGACGAUUAACUUACGCGUUUUUAAACGUCACGCGCGCGGCCUGGGAUUAGGGCGUCACCAGUCGAUUUGGGCAGCUAAGUCAGAAGUGACUAUUUAAGCAGCCGUUCUAAGUGACUGAAUCACCGUUACUGUUUAUAUGAUAUUCAUGAUUAGCCCAUAUAAUGAAGGGCUCUUCUCCACUAUGAGGGCACGGAGUUGCAGUCUAAGCCUGGCAGACCCAAUAUCUGUCCGCUUUGGCCAACCCUUCGGAAAUUACAAGUAAUCAGAAGUUUCGUUAGUAACAAAUUUACUUGCCUAUUACAAAAUAUAUGCGUCUAUUUUAAUCUCGCUUAAUUCUGGUGGAGUUUGAACCGUCGUCUAUCGAGUUUCAGCAGUUUAGAGCGCGAAAUCCCUUAGGUUUCUCAUAUUUUAAAUGCGACGUUGCGACCCGCGUAGCUCCCUCUUCUUCUCUAGACUGCAAAAGCAUUUUUAGAUAAUCACAUAAUAUGGUAAGCUUUCCCGGGGAAGGUUCUUAUCGUUUUUGCCAGUCGAUUUAAGCAACUUACGUGUAUACAAGUCGCUUACCCUCUCGACAACUCGACCGGCGCAAACGACGGCGUCCAGCGCGUGCCGCACGGAGUGAGCACGACACCGGUGAGUUAGACGUGAAUUAGUUUGCGGUGGGGUAGACUUUCGCCGUAUCUACUGCACUCUCUUCUCCGCACCCACCUUGUUCUGAUGACAAAGCAAUGUCAGGACGAUCGGAGGUGGACGUGGAUACAGUGGUUGAGAAGGCUAGACAGCCCGUAUGAGCCUGCACCGGGGAGGCUUUAGAUGUUCCAAGGUACAACGAUCGCCAUCCGUAACGAGAUCGGUGCGCGUCGCUCUAUUAUGCUUCAGUAUCCGAACUCACAUCAUGCACAUUGCCAUAAAAGCUACAACUAGAAUAGGUCAUUACAGCCUGACUUUCAUUCCUGAAGGGACCGGGGUUACCUCGUCAGUUGGCAACCUUCAAAGUCACGACUUCUAGUCCACCGUGACGCGAGUUUUAUUUUAGUGAGAGAUACGUUGCUUAGCCUUGGGAAAGAAUUGCCUCCGCUGGCAUGAGUCGCCUGUCCGAGCUGGUGAACCAACGGAUGAUGAGAUUUGGAUCAGUGGCCGACGUGCUUUUAAAGCCCAUGUCGAAGACGCGCCAAAUGCAUGCACAGCAGUCGUUGGGGUCUCACGCGAACUCAGCGCAGUCUAGUAAAUGCGUGCCGCUGGGCAGUCCGACUCUGCUUUUUGUCCAGCUUCUCUGCAGGGGGGAUAUGCUGUGCAAAAAACUGGUGUAUGUUUGUUUUGUAUACGGGGUCCUCUUUUUUGGCAGGAAAGCGCACUGUGCUGGCUUAUGAAAUUGCAAUUCUAAUACGUACAUGUGCAGUAGGCGUGCUAUCUCGUGAAUUGUUAACCGAAAUUCUACAAUACAGUAGGUGGGCUAACUCAUGAAAUGUCUACCGAAAUUCCUAAAUGCGUUUUCGUUUCGAAAAGGUUAAUUAAGUAGGGUUGUAAAACUAGUCAGUCUGCAACAUAAUUUUAUAAUAUUUCAAUUACGUCAGGAUGCUGGCUUUCGAAUGAACUUCCUUCUGGCUGCAUGCAAAGACUACACUCUGUAAAAAAUGACUACUAAAGUAGCAUGAAUUUUUCUCAUUGAUUUUCAAUGCCCCAUAAAGUCCAAUUAUAUUUCCUGGAAAACAUACAUAAAAAUAUUCAUCCUUUUGCUCAUUCGGUAGACAAUUACGCCUUCUUCUAAUUUUAUGCUCGAAGGAGGGAUAUGAUUCGGUUUUCAAAAACUUUUCCAAUUCCCGAAUAAUUUUAAACCCGUUCUACCGUUACACUUGGAGUUAGGGUUUCCAAACUACAAGCCGUGCGUUUUUCGCGUAUGGAAAACCACACAUUUCUCUACGGUAAUAAAGAGGGAACAUGCAGAGUUCAUAAAAUUUAGAAGUGGAUUUGGUUCAUAUUGUUAACUUUACAAGCCACACUGGUAAAUGCAGAGACAUGAUGAUUUAUGAACGGCCAUCUCACGCUAUGUAAAAGUCCCGCAAUUAGAGGCUUUUUUAAAAACGAAUUAUGUCCCUCCUUCGAGCUUAAAAUUAGACGAAGACGUAAUUAUCUACCGAAAGAGCAAAAGAAUGGAUAUUUUUAUGUAUGUUUUCUAUGAAAUAUAAUUGGACUUUUGGAGGUAUCGAAAACCAAUGAGAAAAAAUCAUGCUACUUAAGCACUCAUUUUUUUUACAGAGCAGGGUUUUCGCAUGAAGCCGGAAGGAAGUUGUUUCGAAAGCCGGCAUCCUGAGGUAACUGAAAUAUUAUAGAACUAUGUUGCUGGCGGACUAGUUUUACAACCCUACGUAAUUAAUCUUUUCGAAACGAAAACGCAUUUCGGAAUUUCGGUAGACAUUUCAUGGGUUAGCCCACCUACUGUACGUUUUCAAUUCGACAAGAUUACUGAAUUAAGUUUGUAAUACUAAUUGUCAUUUCGCACAAUGUUAAGAUAUUCCAGUCACUUCAGGAUGCCGGCUUUCGAACAAGCUCUUUAUCGACCGCCUAGGUAAACGGCAUUCCGCAAAUAAUGGCUACUUAGGCAGUGCAACUUUUUUCCAUUGGUUUUUACGCCCUUAUGAAUCCAAAUAUAUCUUAUAGAAAACAGACUUUCGUUUUUAGAAAAUUCAUAAUCAUGAGACUUUUCAAGAUGGUAUCUGCGUAUAUAUUAAUGCCGCCCAUAAAGCGGACAAUGUGGUUCACAUGCAUUACAAAAUUAUAUGAGCCCAAUAUGUCCCCUUCAUAACAGCAUAUGUAAAUAUAUGAUUUUCCUUGCACGGAAAGUAAACAGCUCGUAUUUCGGAAACCCUGGAUGUAAGUGUAACAGAAAGUUAGAUUCAAAAUUAUUCAGAAAUUGAGAAAGUCUUUAAAACAGAAAAUCACUCUUUUUCAGGCACAAAAUUUAAAGGAAACAUACUUUGCACCUAAAUGAGUAAGGAAACGAAUGUUUUUAUGCAUAUUUUCUAUAAAAUAUGUUUCGAUUCAUAAGGAUAUAAAAACCCAUGGUAAAAAUUCGCACUGCAUAAGUAGUCAUUUUUAGGAAAUGAAAAGUCUCAUAAUUAUGAAUUUUCUAAAAGCGAAAAGCACUCUUUCUUCAAGUAAAAAAAUUAAGGAAAACUUAAUUUGCUACUGGGCCAGUAAAAAACCAAAUAUUUUUCGUGCUGUUUUCUAAAAAAUAUAUUUGGAUGCAUGGCGGUGUAAAAACCAAUGGAAAAAAUUCGCACUGCAUAAGUAGUCUUUUUUUAGGGAAUGUAGUUUACACAGGCGGUCGAUAAAGAGCGCGUUCGAAAGCCGGCAUCCUGACGUGACUGCAAUAUCUUAACAUUGUGCGAUGCAGUAACCAGUAUAACAACCCUUCUUAGGUUAUCUUUUCGAAUUAAAAACACAUUUCAUGAGGUAGCAUAUUAACUGGCUGCGGAAGUUGCCUGGCACUUGCCUAAGGACAUUGCCCGGUCGUUCUCAGUUAGGUGCUAAGCUCUUUAAUUCUAAUUGGCUAGAUCAGGUGUUACGCGGUGUCCACACUCUCUCCCUAGGUCAUUCGCUUAGAGGCCCAGAAUGCAGCCCUGCUCGAGGCCAGUCAUCUGGACCGUGUGCGUCUACAGGAGCAAGCAACGAGAAUUGCGCAGCUAGAGGCAGAGCACCGAACUCUGCAUGAUCGUAUGUCACACCUGCAGGCCUCGGAAUCAUGCGCCCAGCGGGCUAGCGUGCGCCUCCAGGUAAGCAUAAUAAUUCCUUGUCGCUUACAUCUUAGUAUAAUUUUCAUGCAGACCACGUUUAAAAUGAAAGCGAGCAUAUGAAGUUUGCACUUCAAGCAUCCUUCUUUCACCAAAAGGCUCUUUACGAAGACAUGCUGCGUGAGUUCUCCGAGGCCUCCACGCAGGAUGCUACGCUCCGAAGGCGUCGACGUCAGCAGCAGCAACAAACUGCCAUGGAGAACAUGAAUUAUGCUGACUUGGUUUCAACUCAGUGGACCAAUGAGCAUGAUAGUAAUGAUUUAGUAAGUGUUUAUCACGAUGAGUUGCAUGCAUUCAUUUAUCUGCAUUUAAGUCACCAAGUGGUUUGGAGAUAUUUGAAAUGUCUGUCGAGCGAUUUUUAUGUUAAACUCUAGCUGGCAAUCAACCGUUUCCGGCGUUACAUUGUAAGUGAGCGCUGGCUUCAGCAGUCCUGUCUCUGAGGAUGGGUUCGAGUGAGAAUCCGAAACGUCAGGCCAAUAAAUGUCUUGUUUCAGUGAUCGCAUCUUCGUCUUCUGAAAAAAAAACAAUUCUUCAAGCGUUACGAACCCACUCGUCCCGUUGUGCUUUGGGACGUUUUCCCGAUCCCGGCCUAGCAGCCGCACAGUGGCGCGUAAUAUAGGCAGAAUAGAACUACCGACAAAGACUGGAUUGGCCAUUUCUGGUUUGGUAUCCGCCAUCAACCUGCCAUGUCCAACCGCGAGGUGUGGAACACCCGGAGGCUCGAUCUCACGACCUGUUGGUUAGAAGUUCAGCCCCCUAUACACUGCACAAUUUUCAGAGAACACAAUGGCAAUUUCAAAUAUCCGCUGUGUAGUCUGGAAUUAGAGUAUCCUUGACUGAUGAGGCCUACUAAACCAACAAAUAUUCAUUACUGUAAUGGUGUAGUGAGCGGGAUCACUGGCUAGGUUCGUUAGGAGACGAGAGUAGGUUGGGACGGUUGGAGGGCGAAAGGCUCAGGCAAGGAUUAAUGGAUUAACCCGGGUGUGCGGUCGGCGCGGGCUGUAGAACUAAGGCUUUUGUAGUUGCCGCAUGCAUGACCGUAACAAAUUUUGCACAUCGAUACAUCUGGUAGAGUAAUUUGAAGAUUUUAUUUAGCUCCUACUCAUUCGGUUAGCUAACGCAGCGCAGAAGGAUUAAGUUAGAAAAAAAACGCUCUUUGAAUUCGCUUUUGCUAGCCAGGUCAACAGGUGGUCUUUGAUAUCUCCAGAAGGACGGCUGCUUGGCUGACUUGGUUAUUUCGCUUCACAAGAAUGGGUGACAGUUCAAACGUCAAGUCCGACUAUGUCGGCCGUCGUGCUCCACAGCAUGGUGGACGCAAGGACGGUGACUUGCGCGUGAAUUAGCUCAUAGUAAUAAUUGACUUGCACAGCAUCUGCCGCACUCCACUUCCCCGCCCACCUCAGCCCGAUAUGAAGACAAAGUCAAAAAGACCGCAGGCGUGAUCUGGCGCAGGUGGCUGGCGCGGCGUGGGCCCGCACCUAGGCAUGCCACCACAUGCUUGUUAUGGGUGUGUAGCUGAAUAAUGCCUGUCGCGUCCUGAUCUGGCCCCCGGUGUUGGUUCAGCGUGUCUGCCUCGGACCCGUUUUAGGGACAAACAAGAGCAGGUAGCGGCAUAUGCAUACAUGGAUGUGGUCUAAAAAAGGUGUGUAUCUUUUCCAUCGCCGACAUGAACCGAGAAGUGAUGGAAAUUCUUUGUUGUGGAUAGUGGUAUUUGGGCAGCAUUCCCGUAAAUCCGCUAGAAAGCAUUUGCCUGCGACCGCGUCUUCGCUUAUGUCUACGGGUUCUAAACCUGCUAGUAAGUAACAAAGUAAGAUGACUACCAGUGUAAACUUCUGGGACUGGUUCGAGCAUUUCUGGUUCCGGUGGUUGAUCUACCACCGACGACGUAUAGGGAACGGAGAGACCACCCAUCCGCGCAUAAUAUGCCUUCCUCUCACCCGCAAUUCGCUUGUAAAUUGUGCUCCCAUGAAAGCCAUAAUACUUGCGCUUCGUGACUACUUUCAUUGAUGGGCAUAAAACAACAUAAAAAAGUUUAACUACACUUUAAACACUCACUGUGAGAUGAAAAUUGCAAUUAAGUUAAUAAACCUACUUGCAUAACAUAACAGAGACUAGCAAUGGCGUAAGUAAGACCAUAAAGGCGCGAAGGACAUGAAAUCGACGUGGGAAAACGUACCACUUCGUCGGGAGUGUCCGGCCGAGCAGCAGAAAAAUGGCUUUCAAGUGGCCCACUUAAACAAAAGCACCCUAAUCGGCUUAUCCUGGCAAAUUACCAUCCCCAUACCAUUGAGGACUCUAGGCACCUUCUGGAUAAAUUAACGCAUAUUUAGGUAAAUGCGGAACAUGUGAACACAAAAGAUUUCGCCUAAUCGACUGAAAUGACUCUUGAACUUUCUUAAAAUAUGGCCUGGCCAUUGCCACGUCCAGCCACGCUUGGCCACACCUAGAAGACGGGGCCACGUGUGGGCGGGGAAGCUAUGCAGUUCCGCGGCCGGAAAUUUCUUAAAACAAGUUGCAGUUUGGGUGUUUGCCUGACACAUCAUCGCUCCGCGGUAGACCAACGGACAUGUUUUUCGCCCUAACCACAGGAAUAUAGAUUAUCUUCUUACAUUUUUUCUUCUCCGCACAAAUGCGCUCAAUUAGAUGGAAGGUGUUUCGAGAGUGGGUUUUCCAGGAGCUGUUAACUGUUUUUAUGGUCUUCUCAAACCGGUUCUGUGUACACAGCUGGUUUUAUUGUGUUUGGAUAUUUAUGUGAAACUCUACUUUGCUCUCAUCCUGAGACUAGAAGUUUGUGUAUUAACUAGUGCAAAUCCCCAUAUACCAGUAUUGUGCGUGUACAUGUCUAAACCAGUGAUCAUUUUGCCUAUGAUGCUAUUCUGCCCUGAAAGAUUUAUCCUUUAAAAACUCCAAAUUUCUAUUCAAUUAAAGCCACCGGUUGGUCUUUGCCAAUCGAGCGCCUGCGCUGAACUCCGUCGAGUGCUUUCAGCUCUGCAAGAACGUUUCAUUAAGACCUCGGAGCAGUUGGUGGAGGCGGAGGCAAAGCUAGCGGACUUUGAAACUGAAAAACUAAAGCUUGAAUCGAAACAGCAGUUCGGCAAACUCCCAGUUCCGAUCAAGGCAGACACACAGGAUGCCACUAAUCCGGCCGGUCUGCAGCUGAUUGGGGCAUUGCAAUUCUUGCUGGAUAGCAAACGCCGCCAUCUACAGAAGUCGCUGGAACCACCGACCUUGGCAUGCAGCGACUCCGAGAUCUGUUUCCAUCUCUUGAGAUGUUUGGAACGCUGGAUAAUCUCACGAACAAAUCGGGCGAAACUUAUCGAGGCAAUGUUAAGACAACGGGUGCUGGACUUGCAACUCAGCCUCUCCGACAAGGUUAUUAAGUUACCUUUUCAAGCAAAAUUAUUUAAAUCCAUGGACUUCUAUGCUUAAAUUACUAGAUCAAUUUAUGCUUGCUGCUAAACGAAAAACGAGUCACAUGAAAGUGUCGUUCCGCAACUCAUCCUGAUUGCAGAAUGGUAUACGGUCGUUCAACUGCGACUGGAGAUCCCGUUUUGAGCCAUUAAAGAAUCUCUUGUCGUAGUUGGUAACGCCUCAAUCAUUUCUGCCUUGUCAGUCUGCUAUCGCCUAAAUAGAUGCCAGAUUCUUGUCUUCUACUGUACCUUUAAAGUGUAAACGUCGCAUUGUUAUUUAUGGUUCGUUGAAGCGCUAAGUCCUGAUCGGAUCCGAUCAGUUCCAGUUCUCUUUGAGAAAUAUACGUUUAUUGUUAUUUUCGAGGGUAUUGUCUCAAGAAAUUCCAGCUCAGGUUUGAGUGCCCCCUACGAGUUGAACUUUAAUAUCAUUUCAGGGAUGAGGGUUGGCACUUGAGACUGUGAGUUUUGCUUUCUUGCGUUCCAAUAAUGCCUUAUAUGCGACUACAGAAGAAUUUCCUUUGGACACUGUAUGUGCGACAAUAAAUUUGGGCAACUCUUUUACUCACUAAUUCAGCAACGCGUGCAGAGAUUUAGAACCCGACGUUUUCGACGACCCGGCCGCUACCGAUGCCCGUGUAUUUUUCCACUAGUUCUUCAAUUUGCCUGGCAAAAAGGCUUUUGUACAGGAGGUGACCUGGUUGAUGAAAGAUGUCGGGAUUUACGAAUGAUUGCUGAUCAUUCGUAAACCCACACCAAUGCAUGGGCCCACUAUCUAUAUUAAUAAAGAACAACUUGAAGGGAAUUGAAACAUAAAAUAAAUAUUAGAGGUAGUAUUACAUUGUUUAGAAAUACCAACUCUCUUAGAAAGGCGAAAAGUUUUUAAAACGUCAAAAGUGGCUGUAAUUGAGUAAGUUUCAGUUUUAAAUGUACAGUGUCUGUCUAUGCAAAAAAACUAGGAAAAUAUGAUAGGAAAAAUGGAAUAACGUUCAAGAGUUGUAUUUUGGUUAACUCCACGCCGAAAUAUCUUUGAAGAAUUAGUGUUAUGUCAUGCGUGGCGUUUGCCAACAGCCUACGCCUAAAUUGGUCUCUACUUAUUAGACAAGCCACCGCCAAAAGUUUUCUGCGGCAUUCGGGGAUUAGCUCUUCUGUCAAAUUCCCCCACAUUUUUCAGGAUGACUUUUAACGUGGAGGCAUUGUAAAAUAAGACUGUUCAACAGUUCGGAGGCAACUUUGAUUUAGCGCGAAAGUCCCUACCAACUGUUUUGAAUCCCGAAGCAGGUAGGUAAGGCUAUUUGUCCGUGAAUUUAUAUUGGGAAAUACUAAGCUUAAAUGACUCAAAUAUUGAACGGUUCCCCAUACUGACAACGCGGAUAUCAACUAAAACCCUGGCGCAUUCAGCCGAGUUAACGUAGCCGCGACGGAGUCUGCCUCGUCAGUUGCUCCCCCAACUUGGUCCGUGCGCUCUCCGCAACAUACUCCGUCUCUGCCAACAAGUAGCACGAGCAGUAUUUUUUGCCUGUUUACUUUCCUGUCGUCAUUUCUAAUGAAGGUAAUUCUGCAUUGUCAGCAAAUAAUACCCCCCUGUCACAACCCUCUGUGACUAAAGUUAGGCUGUCGGCAGUUGUAUCACUGCCUCCAUUAAGUCCUAGAUACCUUUGCGCCUAUAGACACCAAUAUGACCACAGUGAGCCUAAGGCAUUGUUUAAAACAAACUCCGAAGAGUAAUGUAAUGCCCUUUUACCUUGCAAAGGAGCAUGCUGACGGGGCAUCGUCUGCGCUGCAAGAAAGCCUUAACGCCCAAAAGCAGGAGGUCAUGGAUCUGUACCAGCGGCUGGAUCAGCUGCAAGACGAACUUGAAGUCACAAAGGCCUGCUGUGGCGGUCAGGUAGGUGGUCCGCAUCGUAUGCAUUCUGUGAUUCCAACUGUCUCCCGCGAGAUGUGUGGUAUUUCCUAUGUGCAACAUGUGUCUUUGCUGCAUGCAGCAGUGUAGUAUCAGUUCACACAUAACAACUGUCUUUGUUGCUUAACUGUUAGGACCAAAGCCCAUAGUUUUCAUUAACUUGCACGCAAACUUACAUGUUUACGCGUGGUGUGACUGCGUCCUACAUGCUAGUUAUGAGCUUAACUGCCAACUACUUUUACCAAACAUUUAGCCUUCCCAACCCUGCCGCGUACUUGAGAGCUUCGUUGACCUCGUAGACACAGUAUGA